AGUCUCCGCUAAUGGCGGUUUUCCGCUUUCAACGGAAGUUUAUUUUCCGCCACCGCGUCCUAUGCGCGCUCCAGGGAGGAGGCGUGGCUUCGGUUGCUAAGAAGCGGUUUUGGUUGGCGGGCGGGCAGAGCUGGACCGUUUUGUUGUUGGAGGGAGCUAGUGUUGCUUGGGCUGAGGCAGAGGAGCGUGGAGGACAGGCGAGGACGGUACCAUGGUGAGUUCCGGGGUGGGGGGGUUGGAAUGAUGCAUUAGCUAGUCGCCGUGUGUGUGUAUAUAAUGCUUCUGCAGUGAUUCCCAUUGAGGGAUGGUAUGUUAGCGAAGAAAUGGUGCUUAAUAGCUCCUCAGUGGGGGUGAUUGUUUUGGGGAGGGAAUGUGUUGUGACGUCACUGAUUACAUUUAUUUACAUCUUGCCUUUCUUGUGAGGAGCUCAAGGCAGUGGCCUCUGUUACUCUUCUCCUUCAUUUUAUCCUCACAGCAACCCUGUGAGGUAGGCUAGGCUGGGGAUGAGUGACAGGCCCAAGGCCACCCAGGGAAGCCCAUGGCUGAGUGGUGUUAUAAUAAUAAUAAUAAUAAUAAUAAUAAUUUAUUUAUACCCCACCCAUCUGGCUUGGUUUCCCCAGCCACUCUGGGCAGCUUCCAACAGAACACUAAAAUACAAUAACCUAUUAAACAUUAAAAGCUUCCCUAAACAGGGCUGCCUUCAGAUGUCUUCUAAAAGUUUGGUAGUUAUUUUUCUCUUUGACCUCUGGUGGGAGGGCGUUCCACAGGGCGGGUGCCACUACCAAGAAGGCCCUCUGCCUGGUUCCCUGUAACUUGGCUUCUCGUGGCGAGGGAACCGCCAGAAGGCCCUAGGCGCUGGACCGAGCAGAACGAUGGAGGUGGAGAUGCUCCAUCGUUCAAGUAUUCAGAACUUCAAGUGCUCAGAACUUGGCCCUUCUUGUUCCUAGCCUGACAGUUUAACCACUGUACCAUGGGGGGGGGGAGGAUUUUGUGGUCCUCCAUGUGGUGUUGGACUCCCAACUCUCGUUAGCCCCAGCCUGCGUGGUCAGGGGUUAUGGGAAUUGUGUGGCCCAGCAAUGUCUGAACGGCCACAAGUUCUUCAUCUCUGCAUUACACCAUAUUGACUCUCCUGGUGGUUUCCUGAUAGGUUACAUUCUUCCAAAACCUGGAGAGAGAGAGAGAGAGAGAGAGAGAGUAUUAUCAGUUUGGAAGAAAUGUGACAGCCAACAGUUUGAGCAAGGGGAGGCCAAAGUAGAGAGCAGCCCAUGUAUAUAUUAGUCUUUGGGGAUUUACUGAAUGAAUGCAGAUUUGCUUCCACUGUGCUCUGCCUGUUUUUGUUUAUAAGGAUACAAUGAUACUAUAAUAUUGCAAAUGUAAUAAAACAAAGGCAAAGGGAAAAGACUUAAAGGACAUGUGUGCUUCAACACUGAAGAGGACAAACUUCAAGAGAGAACAUUUGAAGCCCCAUCAAGAGACGAUUAGAUCUAAACUAUGCCAGCCUAUGGACUUCAAAGGGGCUUGCUGUAACUGCUGGUCAGUGGAUACAGCGAUUCCCUUUCAUUCGGUCAUAAUUUUAUUUAUAUGCUGCUUCUUCCACACAAAAAAUCACGCUCAAAGUAGUUUACAACAAAGGGAACAGUAACAUUUCUCAAAAUCAACAAUCAAGAACAAUGCCAUAGUAGCAUAAUAAAACAACAUAAUAGUAAGUGUAACAACAUAAAAAAAAUCAUUUCAGUGCAAUAAGUAUAGUAAGAUUACAUUAACAACAUUAAUCUUGCCGGCAAUAGCAAAACAAGGGAGUUUGAGUUUUACCUUGGUCCUAGAAACACCUCUUCCAUCAUGUUGCUCACCUUUGAAGUUGUCUCCUACAUCAUAAUGAUGUCAGAUGAUAGACAGGUGGGUGAUGGUGCCCAGAUGUCAGAGUUGGUCCAUGAAGGGUGGAGGAGAUAACCCUUGCUGUAAAGAAAAGUGAAAUGUAGAACAGUGAUGUACUUUGCAUGACAAUCUGAUACAUAAUAGUAGGGAUGCAGACUUUCUGUACCUUUCAGACAGGACCAGGGCCCCAUCAAUAUGAGACAGAUUGGAGGAAACCUGGAAUCUAUUAUUAUCUCUCUCUUAGUUCCUUCUUCUUUGAAUAUAUUUAAUUCAACACAGACUGGGUCUUUUUGUGUGUCACACCAAUCCACCCCAAACAUUUCCCUUCUAUUGAAGCUUCUGUGCUGGGUAGAGGGAAAGCUUUGUUUGUGCUGUGCAAUCCCUGAUGAAAAUUGGAUCAUCUGUGCAGGUGAAAAUGAGUCCUGUGCCAUUAGAUAAUGUCUGUCCACCUGUCAAACUUGGCCCAUGGGGUGGAUGUGGGAGAUUAGGAUCCAGUCUGCUGUCCAGAUCCACCCCAGUUAUAUACCAAACUGUUACUUUGAAUAUUAUAUAUACAGUGUAUCCUGAACCAGGGCCAGCCCAAGACAUUUUGGCACCUGAGAUUGACCCCAUAUUGGCUCCAGGGAAGAAGGGUGAGGAAAAUCUACAUCAGGAACAAGGUGUGGGGGAAGAAAGAUCAACAUUGAGAUUUGCUACCCUAAUGGCUCCUGCCACCUGAAGUAGUUGCCUCACCUUGCUUCAUGGGUGGGCCGGCCCUAUCUUGAAUACUGCAGAUAUUAAAUGGGGAUCAGGGAAUGGGUAUUAUGUUGUGGUAGCAAAUUUUCAGGGUACUGUUUUAUAUAUGCAUUGUGGCCUAUAAAAUUGGUGCUAUAAAAUGGAAGGUAGGCGGUACAAAACCACUUUCCUAUUUAACUGGUUAGAUUCCUGGUUAGAUGAAACAAAAUGUUUGUGUGUGAACCAUUGAUGACUCAAAAAUACCUAUUAAAUUUAUUGAGAUUGUAUUAGAGUAUAUAUUGCAAUCUUGUGAGUCUGUUGAAAGAAUAAUGAGUGAUUUACAAUAUAGUAUUUACUAACUUGUUUGUUGUUCUAAAAAUAGGCAUCACAUUUUCAUCUAAUUGUAGACAACUGUGAUUAGAUGUGAUGAAAAUAAUUUCUAAAAAAUACUUCAUACAUUUGGUGAAUUUCCAAAGUAGGAUUAUACUGUAUUGUAUAAUAAAAAUAUCAGUUUUAGAGGAUCGUCAUCUGGCAAGAUGAAAGCUAGCUUCUUUCUUUAGUCUUAGCCCUUUGUCUGCUUUUAUUUUUAGCUCAGCUUCUGUGCUUGCAAGUGUGCAAUUUAAACUUGCAUCAUACUUAAAAUGAAUUUAUGUGAAAGUGGGCAGUAAUUGUUCUUCAAGCUCACUUUCCCCUCAGCUGGCCCUCUUCCUAAAAGAUGACUUUAAGUGUAACUGAUGAGAUUGUUUAAUGUUCUCAAAAUCUCAGGUAGAAUUUUCAUGAUGUAAGCAGCCUCCAGAGCAGCCCCAAGUUCAGCAAGGGCAGAAUUAUGUUUGACUUCAAAGAAGUAUGGAUAGAAAUAAAGGGCUGUAUCUAGCUUAUUUAUUGUUGGAGUAAACCAUUGAAAUGAAUGGACCUAAGCGAAUCAUUAACAGUAUUUUCGAUGGGUCUAUAUUCUGAGUAGGAGUAACAGUGGCUACAAUCCCAGUGUUUGUAUUUAUAGACUGUGGAGAGAUUUCUGGGAACUUGUAGUUAGUCACAAAAUCUCAUGCCCAUAUCAACCUUGAAUUGGGCAUGCUGCUGAUGCGCCCAGUGCACUGCACUGGUCAUUUUUUUUAUAAGCCAGGGCCUCACAUGCCUCAUGUGCAAGAGUAGGAGGCUAGGGUGCUUAAAAUGUUUAAAUAAUGGUGUAAAUUUGCUUGAGUAUACAUUUGAUUGGUUAUUUGGGAUUUUUUUUUUGUCAUUUGCCAGAGUAUACUAUGUUUCUUUCAUAUAUUUGUUCCCGUCCAUAGUUUAACAAUAAUUAAUAAAUAAUACAAUUUCUCCUAGUUGAGACUUGAUGUAAUCUGACUUCUGUGGAGCACUAGGUGGAGCCCUUUAGCUGACAAACCUGAACCUGCCAUUUCUUUUAAAGGGUGAGUGUUUGCCUGCUGCCCAUUACAGUUUGUUCAUGCUAACCAUAUUAGCUGGACCCAUUUGUAAACAUUCCCUAUCCUCGGAGCAUUGGAAAACAUACUGUGGUAGCUGGAAUUACUUUUAAAUUGUGCUAGCUGAUGCACUUAUGGAAAAACAUUCCAUGAACAACAGUUCUGUUGUGCAAACAGUUCCAUGGGCAACAGUAGUGCCACACGAUCAGCAUUGUUCUGUUUCAUAAAUACUUACAAUUUAAAUGAGACAAUCCUCUGUUAAUCCAUUCAGAAUAAUAAAUAGCACCAUUUUACUAAGGGAAAAGAUAAUACCAAUGGAACCAAAGGGAGCAAAUGGCUGGAAAUCCAGUUUAAGUCAGAAAGGUAAAGUACCUACUUCCUGGUGGUCUAAUUUCCCCUGUGCUUGCUAUAAUGGUUAUUGAUUCUAGUGGAAAUCCAGUAGCAGGACGGCAGGUCAUUCUCAGUGACAGAAGGCCCCAGAUUUAGUCCUUGACAUGAAAGGAUCAGAUAGCUGAUAAUAGGAAAGGCAUCUCUAUUUGAAACCCAUGAGAUUUUCUGCCAAUCCAAUAUAGGACUGCUCUGCAAGUGUGACUAAGACAUGCCCUGGUCUGUUUAUGCAUCUCUGCCAUAUGCAGCCCCUGUUCAAGCAACCACAUUAUAGCAGAAAUGUUAAAACAUCUGGUUCUGUGUACUGCAGCUGGUUACAUUGAAUAUCUGAAAUGGAAAUGAAUAAUUUGUUCCUGAUCGCUUAUAAGACAACUGAUCACAAAUGUCAUUGUUCUUUUGAACUGAGAGAGGGCUUGUGGUAGAAAUCAUGCAGAAUGGCCCUUCAUGUUUUGGCAACAAAGUAAAUUUAUAGUGUAACUUUUAAAUGGGCUAAUUUUAUGAGUUGAUCUGAAUAAAUAAGGUUUUAUUGUUAUUUUGUACUUGUGCACUUAUUUCCAGGAAUUUAUACUGUGCCUGUCAUUUGGAAUCCUCUUGGCCCCCCCCCCCCGCAAACUUUCCAUUUUCAUCAUUCAUUACGUUACUCACUGUACUAAAGAUAUUAGAUAAAGUUUGUUUUUUUUUACACACACAUACACCUGUUCAAUAUUAACUUGGUAUCUGUCUUUAUGAUAGAGGAUUUAUGAGUAUGCCAUCAGACAUUGUCUGCACUGGCUGAAAUCUGUAUUCGGCUGAAUUGCUCAAGGGUUAAUAUUUGACACAACACGAGGUGAAAGAAGCAUUUUAACUUUAAUGACAGCCUUGGCAGGAGACUAUUUGGUUAAACUAUAGUACACAAUGCAUGCUGGCUCAAAAUGUUCCCAGUUGCGAAGGAGAAAGGGAUUGGCUGAGCUCUUGGCUUUCUGUGUAGCAAGGUAAUAAAUUUUUAAUAGGCCAUGAUACUCUCAGAACGUUCAAGGUAAAUGCCAAACGUGUGCUCUUUGGAACCGCCUUUCCAGCUAUUUGGUGCUAACACACACCGGUAUCAGCUGGCUGAAGGUCACCUUUCACCUUCACUGCAGUUUCAGGAGAGUCCACGUGUUUUAGAAGUGCUCAGGAAAAGUGGAAUGCAGAAGAGCAAUGUAGCGUGGUGGGUAGAGUGCCUGGCUUGGAUCUCAGCCACUUGAGUUGAAAUCUCUCAUUCAUGUGCACUCCUACGUCCGUUGCCCUCUGUGCAUUCAAGGAAUGGUGGGAUAGAAGUCUGAUUUGUAAUUGCAUUCUGAAACGAUAGUGAAAAAUUAAGCAUUGGAGGAGUGGUUUUGAAAGGUGCAGUGUGCGAUUUGUGAAUAUUUCCUUUCAAAGACCCAUAUGUUCAUAAACGAACACACAUUUUUAUUUCUAACUUCUGGUUCCAAACCUCUGUAGGGAAAAACCUAGACGAGAAGGCCUCAACAAAUGUCUGCGUUCGUUUCAGUAAACUGCUCUAGCAGCUACUGAGGCCUCCUCAUUUUAUUUUUCACUGGCUUUCAAAGUGUGUGGCCAGUUGCGGUUGUGUACAAGGCUCCUUACUCAAGUGUCCUGCUGCCAGCAUUUGAAAUUUGCCUGGUGCAUUUUCCUCCUGGCUAUUGGCCACUUGUGACCACUAAUUGAAGAUGGCCAGGUGCCUGACGUCUCCACCAUCUGGAGGUGCAUGCCUGGGGAUCCUUGGAUCGUGACUGUUUUCACACACUAAACAACACAUCCUGUAGAAUUCUAUCCAUUAUAUUUUAUCUGUGCAAUCAGAAUGAAUUUCAGGAACCAAAAUGUCGUAUUGAAAACUGCUUUCAAGCUGUCUGGCCCCCAAAUGGCGUCUAGGCAUUCCAUUUUUGCAACUGUAACUCCUGGUUUAAGGAGCCACUUGGCGCUUAGCUUAUAUAUCUGAGUUUCUAACACUGGCUGCUGCCCCUUUGUGGAAGCCCCAUUUUGCCUGCCUGCAUGUUCCUAUAAUGCCCUGCUAGUAUCAAGUUUUAUUCUCCCCACUCUGAAAAUUCUGCUUAUGAAAAUGGGCAAGUAUUGCUGUCUUGAGGAGCACUUUGUUCUUAUUAAAGGUAACAUUUAGAACUUGUUCUAUAUUCAGUGAGAGCAGAGGGGCCAAUUUUAGCACAACCUACUUGGUUUUAAUUACAAGACUCUGAUUCUCAAACACGCUUGUGUAAUUUGUCAUCUGUGGUUUGCAAUGCUCUUUUAUUUGGCUGGUACAACUUGUGAAGAGACGUGGCCUUGCCAAGCAGCAGUAAUCCCAUAUUCACACCACAUAGUGCUGCUUAUGCCUGUGUGGGCUGGCAUCUUUUAUCUGUCAGAGAUUCAUCUCUCCUCUGUCAGAGACAAGGCAUGGAACUAUGCAUCCAUAACUGUUUCCAGUAGGAUACUAGUUACACAGUCAUUCUGCCCAAAAACUGGGUUGAGGAGAGCUUCGGAAGCUGAGUCAAUUGGUCCAUUAGUUCAGUUUCCAUUGAAUGGCUGUGGCUCUCCCAAGAUUUCAGGCGGUUCCCCCCCAUUAUUACCAGGAUUUGAACCCUGCAUGCAAGGCAGGUGCUCUGCCAUUGGCUGAACUAGAUAAACAUGGUAUCCUUCAGUUAACACAUACAGAAACUGAGCAAGAGAGUUGUCACCUUUUGUCUCUCUGAAAUAAAAUAUUUCCACAUAUGUGGCUUAGCCCUUCGGUGUAAAAAAUGCCUUUUAGGUUGCUUCUUUAUGCAGAAUAAAUAAAUAAAUGGCUGAAGGGAUUAAAAAGAAAUAUCUACCCAGUGAAUGAAAUAGUGUUAACGUCAAUGUAGUGUAGCAAUAGACCAGGUCCUGAAUUUCUGCAUUCCAUCUAAUUUAUCCUCUGGACUAUAGAAUUUGCUGAGAAGCUCUAAUUAGUACUAGUCUGAAUAAAGAAGGUUUUCACAUUCCACCUGAAAUCCAACGGUGAAGAGUUUAUCUGGGCCUCAUGGGAAGUUCUGUGAAUUGAUUAUCACAGCGUACUCUUCAUUAGCUGAAAUAGCACUGAAUGAGAUUCUAUACUGAAUGGCUCCAUGUUACAGAAUUAAACAUCCUUUAUCCUCUGCUCCUGUUGGUUUGUUUUCCCAGAACCUCUUUUUCCAGAAGAUAAAAAAAUCUUGGAAUUCAUAUGGGCAAAGGCUCUCCUGAAGGUACACUGGGCCUAAGCCACAUUUCAAGAUGCUCACAUUUCACAGAGUUUUUCCUUGUUCUGUAAAUCUGUGCUACUCACUUUCUGCAGGUAUGCUGAAAUGUAACACCACGGUCCUCUUUAUUUAAUUUCUCUGAUGCCCUCAAAGCUACUGCUUAUAUAGUCAUUAAGUAAAGUAGCACUGAAGGGAACCGCACCCCCAGAGUUUCACUUUACCGCAUUACACAUACUUCGCUUUGUCUUAGACGUUUUUGAUAAAUCUAAUUCCAUUGCUUUAAUUUGGGGAUUAUUGAGGCAUGUAGGUGGUUGAGCUAUUUUGCCCACAAUUACACAGCAUGUCAAGAAAAAAGCUGGGAACAUAACGUGAGAGUAUUGGUGCUUUGCUUUCCAAUAUCGUUCAUUAGCUUUUCCUUUGACUAAAGUGCAAAAGAAGCCGAAUGCAGUGUUUCUUAUAGUUCUGAACAUUUUAUUAUGGAGUAGCAGAGGAAGGCCAUGGGGUGCUUUGCCAUUUUACUAAUAUAGCUUAAAUUGGCACAAUCUUGUUUCCUUUCUUUAUUGAUCUUGGUAACAGUUUGUACAAAUGCUUUUUUGUCUUCCAAAUCUCUCUAUAAAAUGGCAGCCUAUUUUUCUUCCUUAGGAGCUAAUUAUUUGGGGAAUGAUCCUUCCUGCACAGCGUAGCUCCAUUCCACAGUUGAAUCCCCACUGAGUUUUUAAGCAGAGGUUGGAUGGUCAUCCUUCAUGCAUUCUUUAGUUGAGAUUCCUGCAUCGCAGGGGGUUGGACUAGAUGAUCCUCAGGAUGCCUUCCAACUCUGCAAUUCUUUGGUUCUGUGCUUUAACCUGGUCCCCAUUCUCUUGGAUUACUGGGGCCUUUAAAUGCAUGUCAUGACAGUUCUCCAGAGUACUUUUGGGUCAAGCAGCCUACUUCCAACCUGAAAUAGAUGCUACAUUGGAUACUGAGUCUUGAGCAGUGUUGUCUGUUCUGUUGUAUGAAGAAAGUUUCAGUUGUUGACCCCUAAGUAUGUGAACAAAACAGUUGGGGCUAAUGUCCGUCAUGGCUGUAUACUGGAGGAGAGAAUUCAGUUGGUUACUGCAGCAUAAUUCAGGGGAAGGAGUAAUACAUACCUCCUUAAAAGUAGCAAUUGUAAGACCACUGCUGAAAACUCUUGGUCCCCUUGUGCUGGAAUAUUGUACCCCCGUUUUUCUUUUGCCUGGUGUGUGUGGUCCUAUGGCUGGUGGCUUAUUGGCUAAAGGCAGUGACUUAUGAAAUGGGUUGUCUAAUGUGCAUUCAUGUCCUGCUUGCCCCCUUCCCAUAGAAAUCUUGCUUGCCACUGUGAUGGAUGGGCUUUUGGUUUGAUCCAUGAGGGCUCUUCUUAUGUAAAUCUAUUUCAAGCCAGCUUCAAGCCUAGGUUUGGGUUAAAGGCUGCCAUUUUCCCCUUGGUGGUUUAUCUGCACUCUUGGUCCUCGUGGAUCUCUCUGUGGCUUUGAGACUAUUUGCUUUGGUAUCCUUCUGGAUCACCUGCAUACAUUAUUAGUGAAGGUACUGUUUUACUGUAGUAGCAGUCAGGAGAUGGUGCUGGAAAAUAAUUGAUCUUCCCUGUGGAAACUUUCCUUUGCAGUUCAAUUCUUCCAGGCUCCUCCUUGUUUUCCAUGCUUUUUAACCUCUGCAUGAACUGCUGCGCAAGAUCAUUUGAGGAAAGGUAUCAUCGGUUUUAUUGUAUGCCACUUUGAGUGCAAUUUUAAUGCAGAAAAGUGGGAUAUAAAUAAGUAAUAAUUAAGGGAAUUAAAAUCUGCCAGAGAGAUGUUGCUUCAGGUGGUACUGCCAUCUGAAGUAUCUGUAAAUAGAGCUUUUGUGGCACUGGUAUACUGCGUUGUGAAGUGUUCUGCUGAGGGAAAUUCACUAUUCCAUUGUGAUCUUUAUGGAUCCUUUAAAAAUGUCUUUUUUAAAAAUUCUGCCAAACUUUUUGAGAAGCAGGAUUGGCUCUGGUUUAACAGGAGAUGAAUUGGUGCCAGCAUUUUGUGUACUUUGUAUUACAGAUGAAUGUUUAAUGAUGUUUUAUGAUUACUUUAUUGUAAGCUCCUUUGAGGAUCUUUAUGGCUCAAAAGCAAUCUUAAUCUAAAUCAUAAUCUAAAUAUGAUGAUAUUGAGCCAGUCAGUUUACUUUUCCCUUUUAAAGCAACAUUUAAGCUGUAAUCCUAUACUUGUACACCUGGGCGUAAGCCCCAUUAAACUUAGUGGAAGUUUCUUCUGAGUAAACCUGACCUCAAUGUGUCAGACGUGGGAAAGGCUGUGUGCAUGUGCUUCCCAAGGAGCUGAAGCCCUGCUCUUAACCAGGAUGUUUGGUUUUCUUUUCUACCUGCUUUAUUUCCUUUACUCACUUAGCCUCUUUUAUAGAAACAAGCAAUUUACCAUUAGCAUAUAUUUAAAUGAAUUGAUAUGCACCGUGGUUUUCCUGCUCCUCUGGGUGAGGCAGUGACCUUAAAUAGGAGUUGCUAAACAACCAAGUUUACUUACUUCUCUUUGCAGCUUUACAGGAGGUAUAAAGGAUUAUGCUUCUUAUGUGCAAUUGGUCAUAUAUAGUGUAAAUAAAAUUUACACUAAAAAAAAAAAAUUAAACCAAGGUCAGUGUGAAGGUAAAUAAUGUGGCUAGGUAAUUACUUUAGUGUUUCUCUAUUGGUAUUUGAUGUUCAGGGUCAUUUGAGGAGCUUGGCUUCUUUCUUUCUAUUACUGAAGUUAAUGGUGAUUUCUUCUCAAAAGUUUAUGCCUUUCCCUGUCUUGGAAAUGAUUCCAUAAUGGGAAAACGACUCUGGCAAUGCUGUCUACUUUACUUUCUGUAUUUUGAAUCAAUUCAUCCUGACUAAUUAUAAUAUUUACAAAGCCCUCUUUAACAAAAAUAUAGGGUACAUCUACUUUUUCAGGAAGUAGUAGCCUUCCUGGGGUGGGAAUAUAUAAUGUAAAACCUUUAAAUCCUCAAAUAGCACAUAGGUAGCAUAAAAGAAAUGGUGGGGGGGGGACCUUUGGCAGAAUGGCAGGUGAGUGAUUGGCAUCUGUGGAAAUUGCCGUUAGAAUAGAGCGUUGACAAGGGCAACCAAAGCUUCUCAGGUUGCUGCUAUGCCUCAGCCUGAGUUGGAUAAACAACAGUAAGGACAAGGAAGAAGAAUUUUCCAUGCUCUUUCAUGUAGGAUUCUGCAGUCUGGGGUGAUAAUGAUGACUUGUUGCCUCUUUUUCAAUACAAGCAAAGUAUGGAACCAGAUUCUGAGCUGGGGAAAGCAGGCUGAGUCACAAAGGGGGUUGCAACUGUUUUCUUCUGCUCCACUGGGAAAUGAAUAGCACAGAACUGCUUCUUUGAAUGUCAUCAGCUCUUAUGGAAUGCUGGUGGUUUAAAUGGCAGGUUUUGACUAAUCUCCAUUUAUAGGUGGGGAGAAGGUCAAGGUUUGCAAAUCAGGGUUGUUGGGAGUAUUGCCACCUUGAUUGCUGGGAAUGGCUGGGCAGGGGAGUGCCAAGGAUUUAAACAAAAUAACCCUAAUCUUCCUGUAUGGCUGGGAAUGUUCUACAAGAUGACAUUCCUCUCUGAGCAAAGAGUGGUUUCUGGGACCUGGGCUGCAAGGCUGUGUGUGAGUGAGUGAGUGAAGAGGAGAGAGAGAGAGAAAGGAAGGAAAGAAAGAAAGAAAGAAAGAAAGAAAGAAAGAAAGAAUCAUUGUACUUUGAACUUGGGCAGAGAGAGGAGAGAGAAAAUAAUUUAUCUGUCAUUAGCUACACGAAGGUACACCCUUGAAAAUGUCUGCAUAAGAACCUUAGAAGAGCCCUCCUCAAUGAGAAUGAGGUCCCAUGUAUAGCCCAGUCUUCUGUUCUCACAGUAGCCAACCAAGGGUGAAGCCAACAAACAGGACAUAAGCACAAUAAGACUCUCCUAUUCAUGAUCUCCAACAACUGGUAUUCAGGGACAUAUAUAGUAGCAUAUAGCUAUCAUGACUGCUAGCCAUUUAUAGCCUUUUCCCUGAUGAAUUUAUGUAAACUCCUUUUAAAGUCACCCAAGUUGGUGGACAGCAUCACACCUUGUGGAAGCAAAUCCCAUCAUUUUAAUGUUGCACUGCAUAAAGUAGUAAGAGCAAGAACUCCUUUCUGGCAGUCUGGUGCAAAAUUAGGUGUGCUUUUAUCUCCAUUAUAGUCUGUAAGAGAGCACAUCCCAGCUUCUGCCAACCUAGCAGUUCGAAAGUAUACCUGUGCAAGUAGAUAAAUAGUACCACUGCGGUGGGAAGGUAAACGGCAUUUCCGUGCGCUCUGGCACUCGUCACGGUCCUCCGUGCACCAGUAGCAGUUCAGGCAUACUGGCCACAUGACCCUGCCUAUGGGCAAACAUGCAGUGAGAUGAGCACUGCACCCCAUAGUUGCCUUUGCCUGGACUUAACCGUCUGGAGAUCCUUUACCUUUUUACUUUUUUUAUAUUACAAAGUCCCCAUAAGUCUCCAGGGGCCUCUCCCUCCACAGGAAACUAAACUUUGGAACUUCUUGCUGCUUGGGGAAGUGGGAAACACUUAUGCCAAAUGUUCUGUUCUUAGACACUUGAACCAGUCCCUACCCUUGCUCCCAUUCUUGUCUUCCUUUAUCAGAUCCAGUCUUUGUUCUUUGUGUUUGCCCCAUAUGUUGCAUGCCCUCCUGACAAACAGCCGUGUCACCAUCAAGUGUACAGAACCCACCACUAUUGGCUUGAGAUAUGUGUUUAAACAAUGACAAUAAUUCACAUUUGACUGCAGAGGUUGGUAGUGUUUACUUUCAGGGUUUGGUCAGGGAGAGUGUAUUUCAUCUCAAAUUCCAGAGUAGGGCUUCCUGAAAAAAGUCAGUACUGUAGUGCUAAAAUAUAGCUGAAUGUAGAUAUGAAAUCUGCAUGGGGCAUAUACCCUGGAUAGAUUAAAAAGCAUAUUGGGAAAGGGGAUUGGAGGGGCUGCUACUCGCAAGAGAAAUCACGAGAUCCAUCUGCACAUAAAAAUCUCCCGAUGUGCUUUUGCCCAUGUUACCUACUGAGGCUGUCUUUUCUGCAUAGUGCUAUAUUGUGCAGUGCAGUGUGGGCGAGGGUUGCUGCAGUGAAGUAGACGUGCCGUAAUGUGACACAUAAUUUUCAUGGCAAGCCCUGCCCAUAUUAAAGAUCAUGGCCCAGGUAGGAACUUGAUGGGGAAAAUGGGAAGGACUAAAGCUGCUAUUGUGAGGCCUCUUCCCCUAGCAGAUGUCUGUGGGUGAGGUGGUGUCACCUCAGUAACAGUCAUUGGCUUAUGUUUAAAAUAGCUUAAGGCAGAAUGUAAUGGUAAUAGUAGUCAUACUUCACAUUUAGAUAACUCUUUUCAAGUAUUCAAAUUCUUUAUCUACAGUGGUACCUUGGGUUACAUACGCUUCAGGUUACAGACUCCGCUAACCCAGAAAUAGUGCUUCAGGUUAAGAACUUUGCUUCAGGAUAAGAAGAGAAAUUGUGCUCUGGCGGCGCGGCAGCAGCAGGAGGCCCCAUUUGCUAAAGUGGUGCUUCAGGUUAACAACAGUUUCAGGUUAAGAACGGACCUCCGGAACGAAUUAAGUACUUAACCUGAGGUACCACUGUACUUUUAUCUCUCAGUAAUCACUAGAAUGGCCCUGCAAAGUCAACAGUAGUUGUAGUCUCCAUAUUGUUCCUUUUGGGAAACCUCAGCGUCUGAAUGAUGUGUUGCUCCGGCCUAGCAAUGUUGUUGCUAUGUGCUGUGCCUCAGAUGUAUUUGCUGCAGAUCAGCCUUUCAUUUGGAUGAAGUGCAUUUUCCUGAAUUGUCUUUCAUGAGAUCACUACUAAAUUCCUACAUUCCUCUUUUCCCUUUCUUUCAGAGCCAGGAUGAAAGAUACGCUUUCAUUGCAGAGUGGUAUGAUACAAAUGCUUCACUUUUUCGACGCUAUGAGCUUCUGUAUUACCCAAAAGAUGGAUCAGUGGAGAUGGUAAGACUUGUUGUUGUUAUUUGAAUUUCUAUACCACCCUAUACCCGGAGGUCUCAGGGCGGUUAUAAGACAACCUCGCAGAUUGCAGUGGUUGAGAGCAAAGUAGGCUACCCUUAGCAUUAUUGGUUUGGUCUUAUGUGAAGCCAAAAACACAAGAAUUGCUAUUCUCUCUUAGCUGCUAAAUUGUCCUAGAAGAAAAAAAGCUUUUUUAGGGUCUCCUGGUGAUACCAUAAAACAUCUUGGUGGCGGUGGUGAUAAAGGUUAUUGUCAAACUAGGACUAAUUGAACAGCCUUGCUUGAGAUUCAUUCAUCCACUGAGUACAUGGAAGACUUAUUUUGAGCGCCAGUCAUGGAGACUUGAACCUAUGAUUCUGCUGCCUUUCCCCGGUUUCCUGUAUGCAUAGCUAUUUACCAUGGGGAUGGUGAAAACUUUGUCAUGAACUGGCUCAUAUAAGGCAAGGUUUCUCUUAAUUGAAGACACAUGGCACCACUGCCUCACUGAAGCUAAGCAGGUCAGGAUCUGGUCAGUGCCUGGACAUGCAUGCUGCCUUGAGUGCAGUGAUGGAAAGAAGGUGCUAUAUGAAUUUAAACUAUCAAGCCAAUAUAUGGUUUCCAAGGUUUGUCUAGCUUCACCUUAUUGGCCUCUCCUUUAAGAGUAAAACUCCAUUUUGGAAAGCUGAGAAGCAGCCAUUUCUUGUUGGACAUGUGUUAGAGUUUAAUUUGCUGUGUUUAAAUUAUGUUCUGAUACACAGUAUUCUGCCCACCUGUGUGCCCUCCUGUUUUUCAUAUUUUAAAUGCUAGUGAGUAUGUUACUGGGGAUUGUAUAUAAUGUCAUUCAUCAGAUGCCCAGAUCUAAUUGGCUCAGGGACAUAAAGGUAUUGUUACCAAGACCUGGUGGUUGCACAAAAGACAGAGAUUGUGGCUGAUCAUGUGGAGUCCUACCCAUGUGAUUCAAAGAGAGGAUGGAGUUACCUUUCUUUUGUGCUCUUAUAUUCUCUUCUGCAUUCUGUUUCAGUGAAAUUGCCAAUUACUGAAAUUGUUCCUGGUGCCAGAAAAAACAAGCAAUAGUGUACUAAUAAUAACAGAAUCUAAAUCAGGGAAAGAAUGGCUGCAUUUUAUGCCAAUUAAAAAUAUUUCUUUGGUUGGUAAGAGAGCAUCUUAAUUCUGAGUUAUCAGAAACCCACUUUCCUCUUUGCAAACAGAAAUUGGUUCAGUAAUGCAUCUACUUAUAUGGCCAUCUUUCAUUCCCUGAGGAAUGCUUAUCUUUACCAAGUUGCUAAAGAGGAAAGCAAGUGAUAAAAGCAACUCAUUGUAAGACAUACUGUCAGGCAGUUUAUUACCCUAUGUUAACCCCCUCCCCCAAAUGUCCUUCUUAGAAUUCAAUUUCAGAUGUUUAAUGAUUUGUAGACCAUUAAGAUCUGGGACCCAUGCACAUAGCCAACAGCUCCUGUAGACAAGCUGAUGUUGAAACUCAUUGAGAGUUGGGCUGCUUUGGGAGGAAGAAGUUGGGGCGGGGGAAUAAAACUAAUUAAUAUUAAUAAUAAAUGGAAGCAGCAACCAUCUGAAAAAAGGAGAUAUUCCAGUGUGCCUGUAGAAACUCAUUCAUGUGCCUAAAUGGGUUCUUCGGUUCUAAGCCAGCCUAGUUCACUUACUCUUGGUUAUUAAAGAAAGCAACAGGGAGAGGAAUAAAUCUGCAAGCUGUAUUUACCAAACCAGAUGUUGAUUUUGCUUUUGUUUACCCACUUUGCUCUGCACCUGCCUCUUUGUUUUAAUCAGAUUUAUAAAUAACUUAAGGUGUACAAAGCAUAUAAAAACCUCAGAGGAAGGGGAAUUGUUUUGUUGUUUUUAAUCUUCCAAUUUGUCACACUUCUUGGUAGCGAUUGAGAAGAAACUGGAGCAUUUGCAGUAAAUACCAGAAGCUCUGGCAAAUAUUAUGGAACAGAGCCAGGAAGUAAUUGGGAUCCCGUAUUUUGAAGGUACAUUGGAGGAAACAAUAACUUUAUUAUUUGACUACAGUAGCAAACCAAUAUUGGAUUUUGAAUGCCAAAUAAGCUAGAGUAAAAAUAAGUUUCGUGCUCAGUCCUGUUCAGACAUUCUGUGUUGAAGCAGUUUGGUUCCCCUUUCACUCAUUCCAAGUGCCUUCAGUUUGGGAUGGUUAUUGAAAGUAUUUGUUUAUGAUCUUCAGUCAAUUUGAGGAAUACCCAAAAGGUUACUUUUGAAAGUGAUAAAUGGUAAGACAACUCAGUAUAUUCAGUGACUGCUGUAGUACUAUAUGCAACUGGAUCUGUUAUUAUGUGUUGGAGGGUGAUGCUUCAAUCCUGUGCACACUAACUUGAGUAUAAGGUGUUUUGGACACAGUGGGCUUAUUCACAGUGGGCUUAUUCAUACCUUGUGUAUGAUUAUGAAUGAUGAUAAUAUAUGUGUACACAUAGUAAAAAUGUAAAGGCAUGUAUACAAUGUGUUUUCCUCUCAGGCUUGGAAAAAGUGACUCCAUAUAAAGAUAAUUUUGGCCAUACUUGCAAGUAAUCAGAUUUACAUUUUUAAUAAGUAGGAAUUGUUUUUAGGAAAAGCUAGGAACAGAAUUUGUUUUGCCAUUUUUUAAAAAAGUAUGGUUAAAACUGCAACCCCAUAAACAUUUACUUGAGAGUAAGUCCCAUUAAGUUAAGAUUACCAUUUUUUUCCCAGUUGAAUCCAGGGACACUUUUCAACUGCCUACUAAAUAGAUAGAUUUUGUCAAAUUUGUAAAUUUGGGGACUGUCCCCAGGAAAUGAGGACGUCUGGUAACCUUCCAUUAAAUUCAGCCGGGCUUACUUCCAAGUACACAUGUCUAUGACUGCACUGUGAAGCAGAUCAUUUAGUUCAGCUCAUGAUACCUCUAUUUCUUCUGUGCCUCAAACCAUUUGGUAUAGGUGCAUUAGAAAAAGGAUCUCUAUAAAUGCAGAUUGUGAAGUAUGAAGUAUUGUAGAAUCCAGUACUUCAGAAUCUUUUUCUUUAAUUCUUAUUUUUUAUGCAUCCCUCUUACUUUCCAAGGAACUCAAGGUGGCUACCAAGUCAGAAUAAUAAUAAAAAAAAUUAAAUCUAAAACAACUCCCAGUUUAAAUCCCAUAAUAAAAACUAAAAACCAAGAAAGCACAGUAGGUCUAGCACAGCCCAACACCAGGACCUCCCCCUCAACCAGCCAUCAGCCAAAUAACUUUUUGAAGAUCUACGUCUUUUCUAGCCAUGACCUUAGCCCCAGUUCCCUUCCUAUUGAAAGAAUAUAAUUUUGGGGCCUGACACAUUUUCCUAGGCAUUCUGCAGGAUAGGUAUCAUCCCAGAGUAUGUCCUAGCACUGGUUGCCAUCAGCCUUGCCUUCUGAAGUUGAAGAAUCUGCAGCAGUGCCUCAGAUGAAGUUUGGAGCCUUCAGAAAGAAAUGUAUGGAAGGAAGUGGCUCUUAAGGUACCCAAGUCCCAGGUUGCUUAGUGCUUUAAAGCCCUAACCCCAAGCAACUUGAAUCGAACACAGAAGCAAACUGGUAGCUGGUGCUAGUUUUGAAAAAUUGGCACAGGCACAUAACAGUAGUCAAAGUAACUUUUAAAAAACAGUAUCUGUUUCUCUUUGUGCAUGAUAUUCUUCUUCUUCUUUUUAAAAGUAAAGGUAUUUUAGACCUGCAUGUAGAUUAUUCAGUCUCUUUACCUUACCAGUAUGACAUGAAGAACCGCUGCCGAUUCCUAAAUCGCAUCAAAUAUGAAGAUCUGCAGUUUAAAGAUUUGUUUGUGGGCAACAAAAUUACUAUCUUCUCACGCCACCUCAAUUUGGUUGACUAUGGGGAUCAAUAUACUUCCCGCAUGUUGGGCAGUCGCAAAGAAAGGUGAGAGGAUAUAUUCUUUGAACCUCUUAUUUUCUACCUUAUAAACUUGAGGCUAUUGAGAUGUCUGUGCUCCUUCAUUCUCUUGCAGGCCAGGGUGCCUGGACCAGCUGGUAGCCUCCAAGAGAGAAAGGGCAAAGAGAGAGCCUUGCUACAGUGAUUGCUUAUUAGUUAGGGAUGCAUCCUCAUUUCCUCUCCUCUCUGUGUGCAUCACAAUAGCGCACAGCCCUCUAGGAGUUUAUUGUCCAAAUGUCACACUAGUUAAAGCACAACACCCACUCCUCAGCAAACUCUUUCUCUCGGCCCCCUAAGGAGAAAGAGCGUGAUGUGCACCCCCUAAAUUCUGGUUAUAUUUCAGUUACCCUUCAAUCUCUGGGGAAAGAAUAAGAACCUUAAGUGCUAGCACUCAAGUGAGAUAGCAAGAUACUCCCUGGAUGUUGAUGAUUAAUUUGUUAAUCAUCUUCUAGAUAAUCUUCUCAAGGCUAUAAACAAUAAAAAUAGUAUAUUACCUUAGAUGGUUGUCAAAAGCCAAUAUCUCCCUCAGCUAAGCGACCCUCCAGCCCACAGUGUGAGAAAGAAUAUUAACAAUGAACAUUACUGUGAUGUUGUCACAACCCAAAAUACCUCUCUGCAGCCCCCUCUCUAUUCAAUAUGGGAAUAAUAGAACUACACUACAAAAGAGCAGGAGACAGGGAGACACUCAUUUUCCUGGUGUGAGACACCAUGAUUACUGCCCCCCAAUAUUCCCAUUUAACAGGCCUCCAGAGGGCAAGGCAGAAAGGGCAGCCAUCACCCAAGUGCACAUCCUGUUGCCACCAUUCUCCCCUUCCCAUCCAACUUUUUGUCAUAUGUGCCACUUGAGAGCCAGUGUGGUGUAGUGGUUAAGAGCGGUGGACUCGUAAUCUGGUGAACCGGGUUCGCUUCCCCUCUCCUCCACAUGCAGCUGCUGGGUUACCUUGGCUAAUCACACUUCUCUGAAGUCUCUCAGCCUCACUCACCUCACAGAGUGUUUGUUGUGAGGGAGGAAAGGAAAGGAGAUUGUUAGCCGCUUUGAGUCUCCUUAGGGUAGUGAUAAAGCGGGAUAUCAAGUCCAAACUCUUCUUCCUCUUCUUCUUGUACUGGUCAGAUAUUUGAUCCAAAACCUUCAGCUGGUUAUAUGAAGAAUAAAAAUGCAUAUAACAGACAUAAUAACAUAUUUUUGAAAUGGUAUUUGUUUAGUUGGAGAUUUACUUAAGCUCAUAUUUUGACAACUUAUUUUGACUUUAUUGGUUUCUUUCCCUUCCCUCUCUAGAACCUUGGCUUUAUUGAAACCGGAUGUAGCACUCAAACUUGGAGAUGUCAUUGAUAUGAUUAUUAGAGCUGGUUUUACAAUAACUAAAGCCAAAAUGACGAAAGUUUCAAGGUGAGGUUUUAAUAAUUUGAGAUUUUCAAAAAUCGGUUAAACUAUUGUUUACCUUGAAUGGGUGACUGUUGCCAACCUAUAUCCCCCCGUGUUAUCUGGUCAUGUUCCAUCAUGCACAGCAUUUUCGUGCUCUGUCCAUCCCCUCCACAAACAGCAGCCAGUGAAUCAGAGGGGAGAUGGGAAAGGCUGAGCCCCAUUAAGUGAUAUCACCCAUAUGCUGUAACUGAAUACUAGAGGAAAAUGCAGGGAGGAGAUCCAUGGGAUGGCGGCAGCCAUGUAUUUAAGAUACUGUAUCCCUUUGGGUCCUAGCCAUGAUCCAGACAGAUGUGGUGAAGUAGGUGUGGUCCAGAGAGAUGUGGUCCAGAGAGAUGUGGUGCAGCACUCUGUAUGCUGCUGCAUAUGCAUAUCUUGUCAAAUGGGACACGGGUGGCGCUGUGGUCUAAACCCAGUGGGCUUGCCGAUCAGAAGGUCAGUGGUUCGAAUCCCCACAACGGGGUGAGCUCCCGUUGCUCUAUCCCAUCUCCUGCCAACCUAGCAGUUCAAAAGAACGCCAGUGCAAGUAGAUAAAUAGGUACCGCUGCGGCGGGAAGGUAAAUGGCAUUUCCAGGUGCUCUGGUUUCCAUCCCAGUGUUCCGUUGUGCCAGAAGCGGUUUAGUCAUGCAGGCCCAUGACCUAGAAAGCUGUCUGUGGACAAACGCCAGCUUGAAAGUGAGAUGAGCGCCGCAACCCCAUAGUUGCCUUUGACUGGACUUAACCAUCCAAGGGCCCUUUACCUAUCUUGUCAGGGUUCAUGCCCCAAACGACCCGGGACAUGCCUGCUCUGUUGGAAGCAGAGUAGAUAGCUCCAAAACAAUGCCUGCUUCCAAAAAAAUCCCUCAGACUCAGUAAUCUUCAUUAGUAAAAUAUUUACUAAUGCAAAAAUAAACUUGGCGGUACAAUUCCAGAUCCCUGGUGGAGUGUGCAAAGACCCCUGAGUGAAAGCCUGGACUGCUGCUCCCAGCUUGUGGAGGCAGUACUCAGCCUACUCAGUCUGACUUGGGAUAUGGCAGCUUCCUUUGAUCCUGUGAGGGCUCAGAGAAACCUGAUGGCACAAGCAGAACUCUGCUUGUGGUUCUGUGGGUUGAAGCCAUUGCUGAUUAAUAAUUGUUUUUCACAAAAGCAUUAAUGAUGCGUGUUUUUAAACAAAUCUUUUGUAGGGCAGAAGCAGUAGAUUUCUACGCAGAUCACCAAGCUAAGCCUUAUUACAAGUAAGUUUCAAUUUGCAGGAUGUUUUGACUUGUACAAUGUGCCCAGUGAAAUAUGAACAAUAAGUAUGAAAUUGACAUUGAUUUUUGCUUGAUCUUUAGAUUUAUACCAAUAAAUUGUGGGUAGUAUUUUUAGAGGUAUAUGGGACUGUGGAGGCUUGCAGGGUUGGCUUACCUCCUGGUUUCUCCCCACAAUCCUGAAACUGAGCAGAAGCAGCAGCUGCCAUAUACUGAGUCAUGGUCAAUGAUAGCAAUUACAACAUCUUACCUUGCUUAUUUAACUUGCAAAGCCUUAAAUAGUUUGGAAUCAGGUUAUUUGAAGGAUAACAUAAGAAUCUAGUUUCAAAUGGCUUGCAGGUAUGCUGCUAAGACCUACCAGACUGACAAAUACCAAAGACAGGACCUUAUUUAGUAGUGGCCCCUCAUCUAUGGAAGUCUCUCUCAAAAGAGGGACCUAUAGCCCCAUUCAUUUAAAAAAUGCACAAUUUUUUAAAAAAAGAUGUGUUUCAUUCUGCAUUUUAUUGAGGUGUUGACUGCUGUUUUUCAAACUGUUGCUGUUUUUAGUUUGGAAUGGCAUGGGUUUGUUUGUGUAUUAACAUUUUCCUUGUGUUGUUAAAUAAUUUCAUAAACCUCCUUAGGAAGGCUUUGCCCUGAAAUGCCUCAUGUAUAUUUCUGAAAUAUAAAGAAAUUAUUUGGCAAUUGAUGCUUUUUCCUCAUGACUAGGCAAAUGAGAAGGGCUAGUAGCUCAGUGAUAGAGUGAAUGCUUUUGCAGUGCUGUGCAGCAUAUGUUCAUGUGUGUGUUCGUGUGUGUAUUUUGUUAAUGGGAGCCACUUUUUAUUUUUAAUAUUUAUAUUUUAUUAAGGUGAUUUCAGUUAAAAGAAAUAAAGUGAUAUAGAAAAAGAAGAAGGACAAGUGAGAGGGAGAAAAACAACAACAACAAAGAUACAUAUAAAAGCGAAAAUAUGAAAAAAGCAAUAUACGAUAUUCCCAUACAUUCUUGUGAUUGAACCCAGUUACCUAUGUUUGAGCAGUAACAAUGAGUGGAGAGUGACAGAGGGAGAGGCUUACCAUGCAGCCCGGAUAGAUUUGGCAAGCCUUAUUUGUCCUACAGGCUGCCAGUUCAUGAAGAACUAGGAGCCUGGCACUUAUGCAACUACUUAAUCUGAAAUAAAACAAUGAUAGAAUAAGAACUUGGGUAUUUAAGGGAGUCUGCUUUCAUCUCCAGUACAGACUCUCUUAAAACAUUAGACUGAAAUUAUUCCAGAUGUUGUUGUCUGAAGGUACUAGAACAAGCAAGCUUAGACCUUUUGGGGAACUCAUGUGAAAUUGUGGUUUUGUUGCAGCUUUGUGUUUAGAAAAUGGCUAAUUAUAUCCUGCAUUAUAUCCAACACUGUGCAAACAGUUCCACUCAUACAACAGGACCCCUUCUGUUCCUAAUAAUAAUAAAAUUUAUUAUUAAAUUAUUAUUAAAUUUAUUAUUAAAUUAUUAAAUUUAUUGUUAGUAUUAUUAAUUUAAUUUAUAUAUACCCUGUCCAUCUGGCUGGGUUUUUCCAACAAAAGAUAAAAAAUACAUGAAAACAUUAGUCAUUAAAAACUUCUCUAAACAGGGCUGCCUUCAGAUGUCUUCUAAACGUCAGAUAGUUGUUUAUUUCUUUGACAUCUGAUGAGAGGGUGUUCCACAGGGCGGGCGCCACUACCAAGAAGGCCCUCUGCCAGGUUCCCUGCAACUUGGCUUCUCGCAGUGAGGGAACCGCCAGAAGGCCCUCGGCGCUGGACCUCAGUGUCUGGGCAAAAUGAUGGGGGUGGAGACGCUCCUUCAGGUAUACUGGGCUUAGGCCGUUUAGGGCUUUAAAGGUCAGCACCAACACUUUGAAUUGUGCUCGGAAAUGCCCCCUACAUUAAGGUUACCAGACGUCCCCGUUUCCUGGGGACGGUGCCCAGAUUUACAAAUCAGUCCCCUGACAAAAUCCAUCUAUUUAGUAGGAAGUUGAAAAGUGUCCCUGGAUUCACUGAAAAAAAUCUGGUAACUUUACCCGACAUGCCCUCCCCCCAAAUCUCCUCCAGAGGGUUCCCCAGAGGGUUGAAAAGAGAAAUAGAAGGAAGUUCCAUUGUGCAAGGAGAGAUCUGUGAGCGGGACAACAGUGUUGUAUACCACCUUCGGGGCUGUUGGUUUGCUUGCAUUUAGGGCAGCUGAAUCCCGUUUGAAUGUCCUGUUCAAUGUGAAUGCUAACUGCUCUCUUUUCUGCUUGCAGUGAGCUUCUUGAAUUUAUGACAAGUGGCCCUGUUGUUGCCAUUGAGAUCUUGGGAGAUGAUGCUAUAAGCCGAUGGAAGAAUUUACUAGGACCUGCAAAUUCUUCUGUGGCCCGUACUGAUGCCCCAAAUAGCGUUAGGGCAUGUUUUGGAACUGAUGGCAUAAGAAAUGUGGCUCAUGGUCCAGAUUCUUUUGCUUCUGCUGCUAGAGUAAGUCCCCCCCUCCCCCAAAAUUAUAUAUUUGAUAAGGUGAAUCUUUCUGCAUCUGGAUGACUGGGCUUCUACUGGCAUAUAUAUUAUACAAAAAUGAGUUUGGCUACUUCCAAUGUUUGUAGUCUGAGCUUGGUUUAGCUACAUGGCAUAUAGUAGCUAUAUGGCUUAGCUCAUCAGAAAGAAAGAAAAUACUCAACCCUGCCUUUUCUCCCCUUACCAUGUAUAGUCAAAGGAAACCCUUUCUCAAAACUCUUCUAGAGAACCUGCGCUUGACAAUCUCUUACAGAAAAUGUUAAAGAAAUGUUAGGAAAGGAAAAUGCUUCCUUCCCCACUGCCUGCCUUUAUGCUGGAAGGAGGCAGGGGUGGACUUUGGUAAUAUGGCGCCUUGAGCAAGGACAAACCCCACCUUGCUUAUUUUCAUGCCCCCAUCCCUCUCACCUUCUGUUCUGCGCAUGCUCUCAAAUGCGCUAUGUCAUAAAAAGGUAAAGGGACCCCUGACCAUUAGGUCCAGUCGUGACCGACUCUGGGGUUGCGGCGCUCAUCUCGCUUUAUUGGCCGAGGGAGCUGAUGUACAGCUUCUGGGUCAUGUGGCCAGCAUGACUAAGCCGCUUCUGGCGAACCAGAGCAGCACACGGAAACACCGUUUACCUUCCUGCCGGAGCGGUACCUAUUUAUCUACUUGCACUUUGAGGUGCUUUCGAACUGCUAGGUUGGCAGGAGCAGGGACCGAGCAACGGGAGCUCACCCCGUCACGGGGAUUCGAACCGCCGACCUUCUGAUCAGCAAGUCCUAGGCUCUGUGGUUUAACCCACAGCACCACCCGCGUCCCUGCGCUAUGUCAUAGUUGCGGCAUAUUUUGUGCUCCUCGGCUUGGUACCCUGUGCAGAAGAACCACCCGCCCCACCCUAAAUCCAGCUUUGAUGGGCUGGCUGCCAUGUACCUUAAAUGCAUGAGGUGACCGGGGCUUUUUCGCUGUUGUUUAAAAGAAGGAGACUGUGCUGCUUUGCGCCUGUUCCCUUCGCUUCCCAGAAGGGCUACAGCAAGGAAAUGCAGUACGAUACUGUAUUGCUCUGAAAUUACUCUAGGAAGUGUGGCAGGCAACUGCGUGAUGUUUUGCAUCACUGAAUCUUUGCUAGGGAGUGGCCGUAGAGGAAGUUGUGCUGUGAGCAGUGAAACCGCCUUCUUUUAAAGAAAAUCAGAACAGCCACCAGUCAACUCAUAAAGCUGAGCUGAGUGGCAGCCCCUCUUUCCUCCCCUCUCCAAACCCCAGGCUAUUUGGGAGCUUCCUCAUUGGUGCAGCAUCCCAGACCAGCAUCCCUUGUCUGACCCUGACACUGCUUAAAUUAAACAAAUGGUAAUAUUAGAGCUUGGUUUCCCCCCCCCCCAUCUUGUGAGAGUGAAAGCUGCAUGUCGAUAAGCAAAUACACUAAGGAACAGCUCAGAGUUUUAAUGACCUUUUGUUGCGGUGGAUUACGAAGCCCAUCUGAAAGUUCUCUGCUGGAACUGCGGCUUGACUAAAGGCCAGGCUUCUAUAUAUAUCUUUACAAGCCAUAAGAAAACAGAAUGGACAAAAGAGCACUUUUGAGCUUUGCUCUUCAAUACCUGUUUUGCUUUCCAUGGAAACACGUUUCUUACGCCUGUCAGGAGUAGCUAAGAAUAGUGUUGCGCACAGCGCCUUAAUUACUCACUUAUUUGUUCUCUGUGGAAUAGCAAUUGCUUGAGAACUCUGAUAUUUUUCUGCCUCCCUUUAUUUUUUCGUUAAAAUUAGUUAUUUUAAUGUAGGAUGCUGGACAAAUAGAAGAAUCAACAUUUUUAUUUGUUAUAUUGCAUACAUAUUCAUAGCACUAUAAAAUGCAUGUAACUAAGGAACUACAAAGUGUGAAGGCAAAAGAAAGCUGGUGUAGUCCUUAGCACUUGGAUGUAGCCAAUGGGGUAUUGAGGAGCGUACUGGGAAGCCAUCUAGCUCAGUUGGUUAGCUGGUGCUGGUAACGCCAGGACUGCAGGUUCGAUCCCUAUAUGGGUCACCUGCAUUGCAGAGGGUUGGACUAGAUGACCCUUGGGUACCCUUGGGUACCUUCCAACUCUACAGUUCUGUGAUUCAUUGCUGUGUUGGUGUUUCUUUGCCUUGGAAUGCUGCGGGGAUCAUUUAAUAUAGGCUGAGAAAGAACAAAAUGGUGGUAAAUUGAGUUAUUUUAAAAUGCUUUUGCCUUGGAGGCUGUGCUUUUAAAAAGAUAGUUCAUUUUUCACUCUUAAACUAAAUAUUUAGUUGCACAGUUCUCUUAGACGUGACUACAAAUUCUAAUACCCUAGUGUUUUUGCUUUACUUCAUAAUUAUUGGAGUGAUGCACAGUGGUUCGGAUUGUGUAUUGAAUGAGCAGGUAGCACAAACUGUUAUGUAGCCUUGUACCAGUUACCAAGGAAACCUGUAGGAUGCAGCAUCUGUAAAUUGUUCUGGGAAGAAAGAAAUAGCUAUUAAAGUCAACCUGAACUAAAUCGUUUGCCCUGCAUACAAAUGAAGGGACCACCUGUUAGAAUUUGUUAUAGUUAAAGGUUGCUUUGUUCCUUCCCAACCAAUAGUAGGUUGCAUUUACAGUUUGUCACCUGCUGAGUUAUCCAGGGCAGUAUCUCUUAUCGGCAUGUGAGACAUACGACUUCUAGGGUUUGCUUCUGCUUUUCUGAUUUUUGUAACCAUGGGUGUGGGGUUUUCCAUUCCUGGGGAUGGAGAGACUCCAGCGCUCAACCCUGCAAGACGGCCAGAAACAUCUCACCAUGGGUUGGUCUCUGUGCUGUUGACUUUUUCUUCCUCCCUUCAAGCCUUGUCUCUCCCACUUGCGGAGAUGGGGAUGUAGUUGCCCUUUCUCUUCUCCUCUGGGUUGGCUGUGCCUGUCUUUUUUUCUGCCUGUGAAUUUUCCACUCCUAUCCUCUCUGUUCUCCUCUCACUCUUCCAGUGCAUUGCUUUGUACCUCUUCUCCCAAGGGAGGGGAAGAAACAAGAAAGCCAAAGGGCAGGCACCCGCGAUUCUGAUGUUUGUUAGGCAUUCCUUAGGCAUACUAGAUGGUCUGAAAGAUGUCAUUGGGGGAAAGUGGCUUACAAAUAUGAUUAUAGAGCCACUCUACAGUUAAGCCAAGAAAUUUUUUCAACAUUUUGUCAUUACAAAGUCUGAAAAUUAUGUUAAUCACGAAAUCCAGGUAAUAUUGGUACAAAACCUGGCAUGGAGAAUUCACCUUGUGAAGGGUGCUUGCCACGAAGAAUGGAGUUAGUGAUUUAAAAAUGUUGUAUUGAAGGGCAGAUGCCCUAUGUUUGUGCUCACUCAGAACAUAACUUAAAUUAUGGAAGGUGAGUAGUUCCCUUUGCAUAGGUAGCAGCAUGAGCAAAUUUGAACGUGAAGCUUAAUGGAAUACCAUAUGCCUAUGGGGUUUAAUGGAGUGUAAGUGUAAAUAUGUUCAAAACCAUGCUUCUGGAGGAAAGCGUCACAGAGCACUUUGAAAUACAGCCAACGGCUAGAUAAUAAUAAAUGGGGGAGGACGUAGGAUUUCAAUAUUGCUUUGGGAAUAUGACUCUGACCCUCAUAAACAUAACUGGUGUCCUAUGACUAUGAAUCAUGCAGUUGUGCACAAUUAAAUGUAUUUAAUUCCAAUUAUUUUCAGGAGCUGGAGUUGUUCUUUCCCUCCAGUGGAGGCCGUGGACCUGCAAACACUGCAAAAUACACACACUGUACUUGUUGUGUUAUUAAGCCUCACGCAGUUAAAGAAGGUAGGUGACACUGACCUGACCCUCGGCUGAAAGUGCCCUUUAGCAUCUCUCUUCUUAGCUGAGUAGCUGCCUAGAUUUAGACUUGCACUAUUGCUACCAUAUGUGUUUUGUGCAUGGCUGGAGGUAAGAAAGUUAUGUUUUUAUUUUAUUUUAGCUCACAGCUUGUUGAAAUUUAACACAGACCAAAUUGCAUAAAUACUUGCGUUUGAGAAAUUAUGUUCAACAGCGGUUGAUGUUCUCUGUACUUCUACAAGGCUGCAUGCUAAUAUGUACUUGUCCAUAGAAGGCCCUUGUGUGUGUAAGUAGCAAAAUACCACACAACCUGUAAUGUCUGACCUCCUAACCAGAGGCAAAUGAAGAAGAAGCUGAGUGGGUGGUGGUGACCCAGAUGCUGAGCAUCUGUGAUGCCCUUUUGCCACACUUCCAUCUUGGUAACUUUGUUCCCUUUGUCUGGAAGAGAAGACGCAUUCUGUGACAGGCUAGCUAACAAAGCAUUCUUUGACAGAGCAGCCCAACUCCUAAAGGACUACAAGAUGUACGUUCAAACAGAUUAUAUUCCCCUUUCCGCCAAAUAAAGCAAUCAAAGCAAGGGGAGACUUUGAAUUGGAAGACAUAGAUGCACUUCCUUUUCAGGUCACUUGGGUACCUGGAAACAUGUCCAACAGAAUUUUAGCCUUCCCUUAAACCAGUUAUAAUCUGGCAACAUCUGGAGAGCCACAAACUCCCCAUGCCUGCCUUAGGCUAAUUUACACACGCAGUACUAAAAUACAGAGUUAGUACUUAAAAAUCCUUUUGAUUUAUUGAAAACAUAUUAUUUUUGGUGGAGUUCUUUGUGUUGUUUCUUCAUCAGAUCAGCUGAAAUGUUUGAUGUCUAAACAUAACCUUAUAUAGAAAACUGCUCCCUUUCCCUACCAUCAAACAUUGGGAAAUGAUUAAGACUGUUUACAGUAUGAUUAUAUGCUUUGGUUCAGCUGCUGAUAAUUUCUAAAACAAAUUUGUAUAAGAAGUAAACGCUAACCAGAACCUUACUGUGAUCUAUGCAGCCUUUGGGGCAUUGUAGUUUUUAGACCCCUCUUCCUAAAAGUUGAUAUGGAAGAUUUGACAUCAGGUUACCAGGCACUUGAGGGGGCAGCUGGAGCAUGUUUAAACUUCUUACAAGUGAAGGUUCUGUGGCUUUUCCACCACUAGGCAACUGUCAUAAAUCAUUAUAUGGUGGGAUAAGGCACAUGUGAAUCAGUAUGCGUCAGUUGUAUUCAAGUUAUCUAAAGCCAGCAUUCGCUAUUUUUCUAAAUGAUGUCUAGAGGAAGUCAUGUUAGUCUGUUGCAGAAAAUAUUACAAUUCCUUGUGGCAAAAUGAUUUGCAUGGUAUCUUAUCAAUCCAAAAUGCUGGUGCCUAUCAUAUGACUUAUGGGUACUUGGGAAAAGAUCUGCAUAUUUCUUAGUAACAACCCUUCUACUUGCUUUACUUUAAAAAACUAAGGCUGCAAUUCUAUAUCCCGUUACCUUGGAGUAACUAGCUGAUCUCACUGGGACUUAAUUCUACAUAGACAAGUAUAGGAUUGUGCGGUCAAAACAGCCAGCGCCCAUCCUGUUUCUGCUGGAACUAAUCUGACAAUUGCAAAUAAAAUCUGUCCAUUGCAUUAUUGGAAGUUGCUCCCAGAUGCUUAAAUACAUCACUCCUCUCAGCUGUCUACCAUCUUUCAGUGCAACGUUUGCUUUUAUGAUUUAAAACUGUCUUUUCUUCCUGCCCCUUCUACUUUGUUAUGGAAAUAAUGGAAGUGCUUUUCAGAGAUUGCCAAUGCCUACCUUCAAGAGGCCUGCAACUGUUCAGUUUUUACGUGUAUUUAAAUGCAUACGUUGUUGUAUUUCUUCUUAAAUUUUCAUCUAAAUUUUCCCACCAUCUACUGAUUAAAAAUAUCGGUCCUACAGUGGUACUUCGGGUUAAGUACUUAAUUCAUUCUGGAGGUCUGUUCUUAACCUGAAACUGUUCUUAAUCUGAAGCACCACUUUAGCUAAUGGGGCCUCCUGCUGCUGCCACGCUGCCGGAGCACGAUUUCUAUUCUCAUCCUGAAGCAAAGUUCUUAACCCGAGAUACUAUUUCUAGAUUAGCGGAGUCUGUAACCUGAAGCGUAUGUAACCUGAGGUACCACUGUAAUUUAAAGCCGAGACCAUGGGUUCUUAUCUUUUCUCUGUCCUUAUUGUGGGUUCACUCAAUAAUAGUGGAGGAAGACACAGAUGCUCAUCCGGAUGUCUCAUUUUAAAAAGCUUCUGGUGUAAUGGGGUUUGAAUCUGCCCUUGGCAAACCUGAUACAAGCUUUGUCUUGGGGGCCUCUUGGUACUUCUGAGGACCUCAUGUUUCCUGCAGAGAGCUGAUUCUCAAUGGCUGUGAAGUCCUCUUGUAUCGUAGCUUUGCUUUUCCAUCUGAACCCAUGUUUUGGGAGCCAAGGUAGAUGAUGAUUUAUGUUUUUGGCUUAGUUUUUUGUAUUCCCCUCCUCCUCCACUAUGGUGGUUUCUCUAGAUCUUAGCUGAGACACAUAUUCAGUCCACGUGGAGUGAGCUACUGCCCAUGUGCAGCCUUGUUUAAUAAAGGAACAAAAAUAAGGAUUGUUGGUUGACCCUGUAUCUUGUGACUUUGCAAGAGAAAUCCUGUGCUCAGAAUGUGCUUUUCCUGCACUUAGUAACCACAGACAAUGGUUGCUGUUCCCAAUCUGUAAAGAUGGGUGAGGGCUUCUAAAUUAAGCAGAGUAUAUCUGCUGCAGCUUCUUAGAAUUUAAUCACAGAGCGAGGCAGUUGAUUUUCCAGGUCCGUCAGCUGUGCCGAAUUUAUCUGUGUUGUAAGUAUUAUCCUUUGAAGGCAAUUGUAGUGAGAUAUAAUUGAGGACAAGCUGAGUGGCAAGACCCAGAAUGCAAAAUGCAUACCUUUUUCCCAUGGUGUUUUGCAUAAAUUGUAAUUCAAAAGGAAGUCAGCUAACAGGAACAUGAUUAUAGUUUCAACUUAGGUUGAGAUCUAAGAGAUCGAAGUCCACAGGCUCUAUAUGAAUUAUUAUACAUCAGCUGAAUUGGCAGUGCAAAGUCCUCUACAGAUCAUAUCUUAAGAACCGUUAAAGCACUCCCAUAAUGUAUGUUCUUAUUGGACUUAUGCCCAGUAAACUGAGGUUUUGAUAAGGGAACUCUGGGUUUUACCAACAACCUUCCUCCCAGUAUUCACACAAGCAGGAGGAUACCUUCUUUCUUCUUAACCCCACCCACUUCUUCCAGCUGUAUUCCCCUCUUGCCCUUGUGCAUUGAUUUUUAUAUUGGAGUUGAAGACUGUAAAAAAAUGCCUAAAGCAGAUACAGUGGUACCUUGGUUCUCAAGCGCCUUGCUACUCAAAUGCCGAAAACCCGGAAGUAAGUGUUCCGGUUUUUGAACGUUUUUCAGAAGUCAACGUCCAAUGCAGCUGUCGGCUAUUGUUUCCGGGGCACCUGCACCAAUCAGAAGCUGUGCCUUGGUUUUUGAACAUUUCGGAAUUCAAACGGAUUUAGCGGUGUGUGUUCUGAAUGCCAUAGCUGACUAACUGGCAAGCCAAUUAAUAGAUUAAUCUCUAGAUCUCAAAACACAAAAGGUUGUUGUUCCAACCCUAGUUGUUCAUGCAUGUGCAGCUUUUACCAAAGCCAGCACCCUCUGAUUGCUUUUAAGUUUUUAGAUCUGCUUUCUUUGAAUUUGCCCUUAUGUGUCACAAAGCAGCGAAUUGUUAAACUGCAGAGUAGAUGUUGUACCGCAUCACUUCAUCUGAUUAAAAUGCGCUUGAAGAUUAUCUGUCCUGUAUCGGUGCCUAGUAACCUAAUGCUGUCUUGGAGACAUAAAACCUUCCCUCUCUUGUUUUUUUUAUGCCCAGAGUUAUUUGUUAUGCAUUUUUGCUAGGAUUAGUAUUACAUUCCUUCAGUUGUAUUUAGUAAUGCCUGUGAUUUCUUUUGUACUUUGUCACUAAAAAUUAAAUCCUAAACGAACACUUAAUCUGUGGCUCUGAUUUGGCUUAGAGUAAUCACAUUUUAAAGAUGUAGUCUUCCUAAUUUUUAAAUAGCCAGUUUCCUUAUUGAGUGAGGUCUGAAUAUUUUAAAAUAAGUUUAAUCCCCCCUCCAUGUUUUAUGGGCACCAAAAUAUUUGUCAAGUGCUUUCCUCAUUAUCCAAAACUCAAAUGUCGGCAUGAGCUUGUUUUUGGUGCAGAAAUCAAAACCCAGACUUUUACAGAAAUAAAUAAAUAAAUUAUACUUAUCUGUUACAGAGCUGGGCAUAUACAGUGGUGCCUCGCAAGACGAAAUUAAUUUGUUCCGCGAGUUUUGUCGUCUUGCGAUUUUUUCGUCUUGCGAAGCACGGUGUCGGGAAAGUUUUGGAAAAGCUUCAAAAAUCACCAAAGUCUUUAAAAACCUCAAAAAGGCUACCACACCGCGUUCUAUGAGUUGCUCCUCGAAGUCAAGUCGCAACUGUAUUAACGGUGUUAAGAAAAAGGAAACAAACUUGCAAGACGUUUCCGUCUUGCGAAGCAAGCCCAUAGGGAAAAUCGUCUUGCGAAGCAGCUCAAAAAACAAAAAACCCUUUCAUCUAGCGAGUUUUUUGUCUUGCGAGGCAUUCAUCUUGCGAGGUACCACUGUAUUUGAAAAGUGAAACUCCUGUUUGUGAAAGGCUUCAGUGUUAAGGAUAAUGCAUGCAUUUAAAUUUGUCUUUCUGUUUUAUAUUGGGAUCAUAUGUCACAGCAUCUGUGAUCUUUUUUCUCACCAGCUAGCUCUCUGUUUCUUGCACUAUUUCUCACUUUCCCCAAAAUGUAACAAUAUUUGCACAUCUCUAAUGUUAGGCCAGGUAGAAAAACUAUACAAAUUGAAUGAGUUGCACUAUUUGGGGAUAAAGCCUAUAAAUGGGAAGGGUGGUUUGCAUAAUUUGGGUGUAUUUUACUUCACCUUAAGUGUGAAAAAUCAGUGUUGUAUAGCAUAAUCCUAAUCAUUUUUACUUGGAAGUGAUUUCAGUGGGAUCUGCUUCUGGUUAAAUUUGGUUACUGUUGAGUUGCAAGGAGCCUAAACAGUGACAUUUCUUCCUGACUUGGUCACAGCCUUUCAUGGUUAUUGUGAGCCCAUAUGAGCAAUGUGCCUGCCUCAUAUACCCCAAGUAAAUGUGCAAGACACAAGUGUUCUCAUAAAAGCGACUGUAUUAUAAAUGUUUGAUGUGCUAUAGCAAAGUAGCCCCAGGACCCCAGCAUUUGAGAUGAAUUUCUGUAGCCAGUUAAAAAAAAAUUUUUUUUUCUUCACAGGUCUGACUGGGAAGAUAAUAAAAGCAAUACUUGAUGGAGGAUUUGAUAUUUCAGCCUUGCAGAUGGUAACUCUUCUUUGUCUUUGAUCAGACCUUUUCUCUGAUGAGAUGAGGGAAAAGCAACCUUUGCCACCUGCUGCACCCUCUCCUACACUAGCUUUUUAAUGCAUUUCACCUGGGCAAAGCCGUUCCUUCCAGCAGCAACUCCAUACAUAUCAGCUGCCUCUUACACCUGCCUAUUUUUAAAGGGUGUCAGGUUCCCAGUCUGCUCUCUUGCAGAAUACAGAAAAUAAAAAAAUAGCCUUUUCAACCCUACUCUUCUCCCCCAAAAUCAUUACCAGAGGAGGAGAAACCUAUAUUUGUGAGUAAAUCCCCAUUAAAAUUGGUUGAUAGAAAUGGACAGGAACAGGCUGCAAAUAGUCUAUAUUGAGGAGUGUCUGUCUGGUUUUGCUCAUAGAGGAACAGUGAGAGCUGUUGCCUUCUUUCUCAUUUAUGCACAAUUUUCAUUCUUGCUGUCUGUAUUUUUCUUCCUUCCAUCUCAACAGGUGGGUAAACAACACCUUAUUAUUCUGCAUUUCAAUAUAAGCUCAGUUCCUUUUGGCUGACUUUGACUAAGGCUGACUUUGACUUAUCAAGGUUACUUAGUCUUUAAAACUGAAAUAAUGCUAGCCAGCUUGUCAGAACUGACUUAGGUAGUAGGUGAAUAUGCAUGUUUCUCUCUCUCUCUCUCUCUCUCUCUCUCUCUCUCACACACACACACACACACACAUAUAUAUAUAUAUAUAGGUAAAGGGACCCCUGACCAUUAGGUCCAGUCACGGACGACUCUGGGGUUGCGGUGCUCAUCUUGCUUUACUGGCCGAGGGAGCCGGCAUACAGCUUUCCGGGUCAUGUGGCCAGCAUGACUAAGCUGCUUCUGGUGAACCAGAGCAGCGCGCGGAAAUGGCGUUUACCUUCCCGCCAGAGUGGUACCUAUUUAUCUACUUGCACUUUGACGUGCUUUCGAACUGCUAGGUGGGCAGGAGCAGGGACUAAGCAAUGGGAGCUCACCCUGUCACGAGCAAACUGCCAACCUUCUGAUCGGCAAGCCCUAGGCUCUGUGGUUUAACCCACAGUGCCACCCGUGUCUCUCUGUGUGUGUGUAUAUGCCAUUAUUUAGACAGUUGUCUAUUAUUUAUUAUUAUUUAUUACUUCAAUUUGUAUCCUGCCAUGGUGCUCAUGGCUGCUAACAGCGACAAGAUAAAAAUACAGUAGAGGUGCCAAAGGUUAUAUAACCAACACAAAUACAAAAGAGCAGAUAAAAGUCAGAACAAUAAAAAUCCAAGUAUAAAAACAGUGGGCAAUUAAACACCUUGAGCAUUGCAAUAAAGAAGUUGCCCUGGCAGGCCAAAGGUUUGUCAAAAUGAAAAGGUAUUUAUUUGGCACUGGAGGGUCAACAGACAAGGGGGCAAUUGAACUGUGGGAGGGAGGGAGCCCAAAGCUGGAGCACAGACACUGAAAAGGCCUUCUCUUGUGCCCCUGCCAAAUGCACUCUUGAAAAUGGCAGGACUGAGAAAAGGGCUUCCCUGCAAGAUCUUGGCACUCAAGCAGGCUCCUACAGGGAAAAGUGUUCCUUCAAGUAACCUGUUUCCAAGCCAGCUAGUGCUUGCAUAAUGAGUACUGUAAUGCUUACCUUUCUAAUGUAAAGUAGUACCUUGGUUGUCGAACAAAUCAGCUCCCGAACGUCGCAAACUCGGAAGUGAGUGUUCCGGUUUGUGAACAUUCUUUGUAAGCUGAAUGUCUGACGCGGCUUCCACAGUUUCCGAUUGAGUGCAGGAAGCUCCUGCAGCCAAUUGGAAGCUAUGCCUUGGUUUUCAAACCGUUAUGGGACUCCCGGAACAGAUUAGAUUCAAGAACCAAGGUACUGCUGUAUUUAGAUUCUCCUUGUCAUGUGGCUCUCUGACCCCAGCAUGAAUGUGCUGUAUAUUCCUCCUUCCCCUCCAUUUAACAGAGUUGAACUUGCAGCGGCAGCGAAUGGAAUCUUUUUUUAAAAUGCGCUUUGUUGAGUUUUGUACAAUCUAAAUGGUACACAAAAGAGUAGCAAUAAAAUAAAACAAAUAUGGGUAUUUUGUGAUUUGUUUGAUAAGAUGAGACAUACAGAAAAAAAAAGAAUGAAUCACAAAUGGGAUCUUGAUCUCUGGUGUCUUUUUAAUUUUUAUCAGCUUUUCCACAUAAUACUCUGUGAGGGAUUAAUUGAGAAAUAAGUUAAAGUCUCCUCAGGUUGUGUAUGAAAAGAAAAGGGGCACCAAUAAUGCUUGGAGAUGUAUACACUUGUUCCCACUGUACACAGAAUAAAUACUUUUCCUUUCUGUUCUUUCUUACAUACAGUUCUAUAUGGACCGUGCAAAUGCAGAGGAAUUCUACUCAAUUUACAAAGGUGUUGUUGCUGAAUAUGCUGUAAGUAAGCGCUAUAAAGUCUCUCUUUGUUUCAGGGCCCAUUUUGGAUAGAAUCUUAAUGGACCGUCCUGAAGGCUUAUUGUCAAGGGCAUGGCACAAGCUUUGAGGGAUUAUAAAGUCACUUUUCAGUGCUGCUCUUCACCUCAGCCACAAAGAUUUCAACCUAGUAAUGUUUCUGAAUUGGCAAGACAGACUGCGCAAGUGAUGAUUUUAGUUUGGCUCAACAUAAAACUUGUCUUUUUCAAAUAUUUUAAUGGAUAGUGAAACAUGGCAAAAGUUGUAUUUGAUAUUGCUGCAGUGGCUGAGUUGAGUAGGUUUCUUCCAUCAAAAAUUCUUGAUACUAAGAGGCUUGGUUGCAACAUAACCAAAUGGAUAAUGUCUGUAUUUUUUUAAGAUCACUUACAUCACACUGAGAAAUGAUAUAUGCAUUGCGACUUCCUUUGUCCCUGCCAGCAGCAGCUGUGGAAAGGAGGCUUGGAAAACCAGAGCAUGAUGUUUCAUUCAUUCAUUCUUUCAUUUAUUUAUAUACUACAUUUCCACAAGGUUGUAUCCAAGCCGGUUCAUUACACAUCAGAUGAACAUAUCAAUACAACAAUUUAAAAUUAAAAUAUUAGCCAUUCCAAAUAAAACUUUGUGUCAGUAGGUAAAUCCAUGAUAAUUAUCAGUCAAGCCAUACAACUAAAGCAACCAAAUAACACAAUAGAAAUAAAGCUGAUUUGUCCAACAGCUUAAAACACAAGAGGGAAUGAAGCUUAAUCAAAGAAAUAAAAUAUACAGUAUAUUCCAAAGAGGGGGACGUGGGUGGCGCUGUGGGUUGAAGCACAGAGCCUAGGACUUGCCGAUCAGAAGGUCGGCGGUUCGAUUCCCCACGACGGGGUGAGCUCCCGUUGUUCGGUCCCUGCUCCUGCCAACCUAGCAGUUCGAAAGCACGUCAAAGUGCAAGUAGAUAAAUAGGUACCGCUCUGGCGGGAAGGUAAACGGCAUUUCUGUGCUCUGCUCUGGUUCGCCAGAAGCGGCUUAGUCAUGCUGGCCACAUGACCCAGAAGCUGUACGCCGGCUCCCUCGGCCAAUAAAGCGAGAUGAGCGCCACAACCCCAGAGUCGGCCACGACUGGACCUAAUGGCCAGGGGUCCCUUUACCUUUACCUAUAUUCCAAAGAGGUGAUGUUGUGGUAUGGAAUAAGUUCUCUUAUGGAUCAGUAAUUGGUUAAAGAACAGGAUGCAAAGAGAAGGAAACAAUGGACACUUCAAGCAAUGUAAGGAUGCAAAAGAUGGAGUCCUUCAAGGAUCUUUAUUAGGAUCUGUGCUUUUUCACUGAUUGAACACAGUGGUGGUAUGAUGAGAGUCACUAUGUCAGUGAAGUUGAAGAAUGCAGACUAUCCCCAGAAUAUAUAAAAAUCAUGAGAGAACUGACACAUUUCAUUAGGAACAUUUCUGUUAGAAUGGAUAGAACUGCCUUUGAAAACUUCAUGUAGAGAGUAGGCUGGACUGGCUUAGAUUUUCUUAAAACAAGAAAUGAUGCAAAUUGAUAUACAGGUGCAGAGUAAAAGGUAUCAAAAGCAUUUAACAAUCUGUUCCUUUUUCCUGUUGCAGGAGAUGGUUGUAGAGCUUUGCUCAGGCCCUUGUGUAGCUCUAGAGAUUAGACAAGUAGAUCCUGAAAAAGUAUUCCGAGAUUUCUGUGGGCCUUCUGAUCCCGUAAGUAACUUACUUGAAAAGUUUGUAUUGGGGCCAAAGCAAAAAUGAUGCAUGAGGUUUGAGAUUGUCUCCAUCAAAGUUUUUGGCUUUUACUUUAACGGAGCCUGGAGGCAGUCGGCUUUGUUUUUUUAUUGGAAUUUAGAAAAUCUCCCAGGAAAUCUAAAAUUCCUUCCAAAGCAGCUAUUAGUCCUACAGGGGAAAAUAUACCUGCAUGAUUCAGAUGCCUAACCUCCUGUCAGAUGCUGUUGUGGUUGCUCAAGAGUAACCAGGCAGGACUCUGACCUGUCUUUUCCAAGUUUAUUUUGGUGCAAACUAUUUACAGUGCAGAGCAUCAUAAGUUCAUGUCUGGCUCAAUCGCUAGCGGAAUACGGGAGUGGUCUGUUCUUGUACCUCCCCCAACAUAAAGGUUUUGUCACCCCCGGCGUUUUCCGCCCCUCCCUGGGCCUCAAGCUACUGCGCAUGAUGGGCGAAGGCAGGGGUGUGCUUCCCUCCUCUGGCUUGCUGAGGGGUGGUGUUAAGGCUCUUUCUAGCAUCCUCUGGCUUGUGCACCUCUUCUCCACUGGAGGUGGGGGUUUCCUCCUCGCCGGAAGAGGAACUGCUUCGCAAGAUUUUCGGAGGCUCCCUGUAACACAAUUCCCCCUCUUCCCCCUCUAUCUCUCGCCUCUGCACCGAUGGCAGUUCCCUGACACACCCCAUACCCCACCUUGGGAAAAGUGGGUAUCAUAGCAGCUGCAGUGGAAAAUAGAUGGGGCAAUGGGGGAGGGAAGCGUUAAACACUCUCUACCUUAGUGCGGCUUCUCCAGUCAAAACUGAACCCCCCUCCCCAUAGCUUCUUUAAAGUUCAAAAAUUGGGUAGAUUCAAGUGUAGAUAUCUUGUGUUGCAUCUGAUUUGCUACUCUGUUUUAAAAGGAAUGGACAAAUCUGUUAAUUUCACUUUCUUUGAGUUUCUCAUUUCUCUAGUCUCCAAUUUGCCACUUUACUUUUUAAAAAACAUCCUCAUGGAAAUUCAUCAGCAUUUAUCCUACUUAUUCACAUUACCUCAAGCAGUUUCCCCUAAUAAAGUGCAUUUUUAAUUUAAUUUUAACGAAUAUAUUUAUAUAUAGUGGUCCACAUAUUUUGGUUUUUUAACGAUAGCUGUGCUUUGGUUUCCAAAUUGGUCUGAGAGCUAUGAAUUAGGUAGGGUCUAUUAAAAUGCAAACCAGAUUUCUCCCCCACCCCUUCUGCGUGGCAGCAUAGUAACAGAUAACAACUUUAGAAGCCUACAUUUGAAAAAUGUUCUAUUCAGCUAAUAUAAUGAUCACUUAGAGUCAUGGUUUACAAGCAGAAAGGACAGCUACACCUUAACAUGUGUCAUUUUUGUUGCUGUCAUAUGCAGCUAUGACCAUUGCUAAGCCUUCUUUGCGUUAGAUAUGAAAGUACAUCACUGGAGUACUAUUUAAGCUACUCUAAUCUAUGCCAAUUCAGUGCUUGUUACUCAGAAAGCAGUGUGAACAACCAUACUUUAGGAUAUUUGCCUCUUGCUACUAAGCCAUGUUGGCAACACUGCAGCUCAUACUGAGCUGCUGUUCUACUGGGCUAGUGUUGUUGUCAAAAAGGGGUGAAAGUGAUGCAGACAUUUAAUAAACCUAACUAUCUGUAAAAUGGCACAGAUGGAAGGGGUCAGGCCAUAGAUCUAUGGCAGAGCAUCUGCCUUGCAUGCAGAAGGUCCCAGGUUGAAUCCCCAGCAUCUCUAGGUAGGGCUGGCAAAGAUUCCUGCCAAAACCCUGAAGAGCUGCUACCAGUUAGUGUAGACAGUGUUAAGCAAGAUGGGCCAGUUGUCUGACUCGCUAUAAAGCAGCUUCCUCUGUUUCCUAUGACACUGGUAGCCGCUGCCAGAUUAAAUAUUUUAAAUAUUUAAUCUGGCUAUUAAAUAUUUUAAAUGCUAGCAAAAAUCAGACUGUAGAAUUGGACUGCUUAAACAGUCAUGAUUCUAGUAGUGCAGUCGUAUGCACAUUGAUUUCGAAGGGAGUCCCUCUGUGUUUAAAAGAGGUUGCUCCCAUGUAAGGCUGCGCUUCCUACUUAUGUGGAAGGAAGCCCCAUUGAACUCAAUGGGAGUAAUUUCUGUGAAUGUAUGUCCAGGAGGAAGGAUCUAGAUACAUUCACAUUGGCGCAAGCACAUUGUCGUCUUCUGAUGACUCUCUUGCGGAAUUCCACACCCGAGAAACAAUGAAUUACUUCCUGCGACGGUAAAACAACUUAGCAUAUUUGAAGGCAGAUGAGUUUAUGAUUACAAAUAAUUAGGCUGCUCUUCACAUUGCACUAAGCAAUGCAAACAGAAGGGAAAAUGGAUUCUCCGUCAAUGACAGACCGUUAUCGACUGGAGUUAGAAAACAGAUCAAUAAGAAGCUGCAAUUAGUAUGUCAUGCUGUCUGUGGCUGUCUCUAGCGGAAAGGACAUGGUUGGAUUUUUUCAAAUGUUAUUUAGGGUCAAAUAUAAUCAGUGUUCCUUUUCCUUAUUAAAGAUAAAUACUGUAAAUUCUAUAUUGCAUACACUAGUUAUUGUCAGUCUGCUAGAAGCUUGGCAUUUUAAGGUGUUUGCUUCUGAAAUGGGUAAAAGGGCUUGUGAGGAUGUGCAGGCCUACCUCUGUCCCUCCAGGACGUCAUGGAUGCUGGCCAUGCCCCCAAUGUGUGAUUGGCAUUAUUUUAAAGGCGACCAUUUCUAUGUGUGUAAAGUUGGGUCCCCAAUCCCCAUGUAAGAAACCUUCCACACCAUACCAUAUUUUUAAAAGUUUCUACUUGGCUUUAAUCCAAACAUCAUUUGUAUGUGUGAGUUGAAAACAAUAGCUUCAAAUUACUAUGAACUCUCGAAACAUUCUUGAAAAGCGUUCAGUAUUUGGUUUUUAACUCCAUCCUGAACUUUAAUGACUCUAUGAAGCAGUUCUCCCAUUUAUUUUUGGGGGGGGGUCACGUCCCUGCUCGCUAACUACAACUUCAUAUUCCUGUGUAAAACUACAGCCUCUCCAUGAAAAAAAUGCAACACACCCAUCAGAAAGAAUUUUUUUGAAGAAUGGCUGUGUCUGAUGUGGUAGUCUGAAGUUAUCAGCCGGAUAAUUUGAUCAUACCAACCCUCUCUGCAGAAAUCUGGGAAUGCUUAAGAUAUAUCAGGAUAUAUCAAUAGAGGCUAGGUCUGUCAAUGGAGAAUCAGGUGAACACCGGCAUUCCUUUAUUAGCAAAUAUAUAUAUAUAUAAUCUGCUGAAUUUAUGUUGUUAGAGCUAUAUUGUGUGCAUAUGCAAUAUAUUCUGUGCUAGAGGAAACAUUCCUAUUUUGAAAAAACAGCCGCUGCCACCAUUUGCAAUAGCUGACAGCCAGAACAGCUGCAGUGUGAGCUUUUGACUCUGUGGUUCCUUUCUCAUUGUCUUAUAAACCAUUCAUUAAACAAAGCCUUUUUAAAAGCAAUAACCAACAACCCUGAAUGUGAAAUGUGGGCGACUAAAUGACUGUUCGGUGGAUUAAUAAUUUAGGGUUUGCUCACUGGUCUGUUCAGCUUGCUUCUCCUUUCUACUGCAAGACAACCUGACCAGAAUUUUGAUCAGUUUAUUUCUUUGCAGUAUCACAAACAUCCCUGACUAACCAAAUUUGAGAUUAUUAUUAUUUUUUUAAAAAAAGAAAGAUGCAAACAAUAAUAAAUAUAACUGUUUUGUGUCGCUUCAUUUCAGAUGUGCAGGGAGAAUUCCCAGUGAGCCAGCAUGGCACUGAGAAGGGUGUUGACAACAAUUCUGGGCUAUUUUAAAACCCCAGCUCUGGGUUAGGAGGGCACACCUUCUCUUGCUACCUCACUCAGGGCCAUUUCUCACCUGAUGCAGAGCAAGCCAAAGUAUACAACCCACAGGGAGCUGUAGCCAAUCACAAAGCCUAAAAUUUAAUGUGCAGGGCUGCAGAGCCACAUUUUGAACAUUCAUUUCUAUGCUUCUUUGCUUUGCUGUGUACAUACCACACAGUUAAAGCAUAUCUAUCCUCCGCUAAAGAAUCCUGGGAAAUGUAGUUUGUUAAGGGUGCUGUUGCUCAGUGAGGUGUAAACUAUAAUUCCCAUUAUUCUUUUUUUUGUGUGUGUGUAUGCUUUAAAUAUAUGGUAUGUAUGCAGCCUUAGUCUAGUCCAUGGGCAGGCAAACUAAGGCCCGGGGCUGGAUUCAGCCCAAUCGCCUUCUAAAUCCAGCCCGAGGACGGUCGGGGAAUCAGCAUGUUUUUACAUGAGUAGAAUGUGUCCUUUUAUUUAAAAUGCAUCUCUGGGUUAUUUGUGGGGCAUAGGAAUUCGUUCAUCCACCCUCCCCAAAAAUAUAGCCCGGCCCCCCACAAGGUCUGAGGGACAGUGGACUGGCCCCCUGCUGACCCCUGGUCUAGUCACCUCAAAAGUUAUGAACUCCAUCUUGGAAUGUGAUUUUAUUUUAGACUGUGAUGACUGGCAGGAGUGUAGAGCUUUAUCCACUACUCCAAAAGCCCCCAGAAUUUCAAAACUAUGCAAGAUUGUUUAGAUAAAAGCUUCUCCUUGCAUGCAGAACAAUUUUAUACAGGUGCUGAACUUAUCAAAGCCCUAAGUGGCUUUGGGAUAUAAAAUGCCUGAAGGAGUGUUUCCUCCCACACCAGCCUGUGCAUCAAGUUCUUUAAUUAAGGCCCUUCUCCAAAUACCAUUAUUUAUGUAUUUAUAGCCUCUGCUUAAUCAUUGUGUAUGUUUGUUAAUCUUAUUGCUGGAAUCCAUUAGAUGAAGGGUAGUCGAGAACUGCUUAAAAUAAAAUGUUUUACUCAAAAGUCAACCCUGCUAAGUUGGGUGGGACUUAGUAAGUGAGUUUAGGAUUGCAACCCUAGCCAGGCAUUACAGUAGUUUGUUUUGUGAAGGUGCAUACAAUUGAUGAGUGCAUCUACACCAGUGGUGGUCCAAUACAUUUUGCUACUGGAGGCAAAGGACAAGAUGGUACCCCCACCUUCCAUUCCUGCUGAACUAGGAGCUGAAUCUUAACUUCAGCAGUGAUGAUAUCAUCUUGUGAACCUGGGGCAGCAGGCUAGCUUAGGGGGUCCAGGCCAUGCCAUGUGGCAUGUAGAGUUCUUUCCUCCCACAGAGAGGAAAGAAUGAGGGGCUCUGGGCAGCAGCAGUGCUGCUGCCAACUGCCAACAUCUGCUGCAUGAGACCAUUGCCUUACUCUGCCCAAUGAUAGGGCCAGCCUUUACCCUCGUGGAUUCAGUAGAUACUUGCAAAAUUCAAAAUGCAGCAAGCUGUUGUAGAUUGGCUAAUUUGAUAAGACCUGUGAUUAAUGAGGCAGGUGCCUGUUGUUGGUUGUCAUUCGCCUGAUGCUUAUGAGGUAUGCGUGUUGCUUUGCUUGUUCCUGCUAAUAUAAAGUGGCAGGCAUCUCUUCCCCCUUACAAAUGGAUAAAUAGCAUGUAGGCAAAUCAUUAACUGACAUUAGAAUGGAAUUAGCCAUUCAAGCCUUUAACAAAAAUCUCAAAUAAUGCUUUAUUUAUGGGUUUAUAAAGACUUCCAAUAUUUGGCAGCCUCUAGUAAAUUUUGUCAGUGCAGCUAAGAAAUAAAAGAGCUAAAACAAGGGCAUACAAUAUUUAUUCAAAUAACAUUUAUUUAUUAAACCCAUGUAUUUUUAAACCCACUUUUCAUCUGUAUGGGGAUAGUCAAUGUGGUGCUCUCCAGGUGUUGUUGGACUUCAACGCCCAUCAUGCCUGACCACUGGCCAUGUUUGCUGAGACUGAUGGGAGUUGUUGAAUUAAUGCAUCCUACCUAGCAAUGGAAUAUUUAUUUUUAUUUUUUUAUUUAUUAAAUUUAUGUACUGGUCUUCAUCUGAAGAUCUUGGGGCAGGUUCUGAGCAUAAAAAUACAAAAUAAAAACACGAAAUACAUAAUAAAAACAAGAGCAAAAACAAAGCAAACCCAUCUCCCCCCCAACAAAUUUAAGAGAACGUAGAAUAUUAAUUAGCCAAAGGGCUGGUUGAAGGAAAAGGUUUUGCCUAACACCUAAAGAUGAAGGCACCAGGCGAGCCUCCCUGGGAAGAGCACCCCACAAAAUGGGGAGCAACUGCAGAAGAGUCCCUUUCUCAUGUUGCCACCCUCCGGAGCUCUCAUGAAGGAGGCACAUGAAGAAGGGCCUCAGAUGUUGAUGAAUACAGAGAAGAGCUACUUGCGAAGAUCUUUAAGCUUUGAGAUGACGAUAUAGGGAGAGGCAAUCCUUCAGGUACUGGGGCUUGAUGAAGCCAUUUAGGACUUUAAUAGGCAAACAUCCCUUCAUCAAUUUCUCACAGAAGCAAAUAAGCAGUCAAUGACACUCUUUCAAAAUCGGUGUAACAUGAUUACAUCUGACUCUACUGGUCAAUAUUCUGGCAGUCCAGCAGCUGUGCAUACUACGUAUUACAGAUAAUCUGGUUGAGAGAUAACCAGAGAAUAGAUUGCUCUGGAAAAGCUAUCCCUGCUAAGAAAGGGGUGCAGCUGGUGAACCAGUCAAAAGUGGGGAAAUGAACUUCAUGCCGCUAGGUCCACAUAAGCCAGGCAUGGCCAAACUUGGCCCUCCAGAUGUUUUUGAACUACAACUCCCAUCAUGCCUAGCUAACAGGACCAGUGGUCAGGGAUGAUGGGAAUUGUAGGCCCAAAACAUCUGGAGGGCCAAGGUUGGCAAUGCCUGACAUAAGCAUCCAGUGGCAAUGCUGGAUCUAGAAAGACUCCCCACCACAUGCCUUCUCCUUCAUGUAUAGUGCAGCCCCACAUAGAACAGGCUAUAUUAUAUCCUUUUUUCUCAAACUUGAGAACCACUUACCCGUAAUGUGCCACAUGUUGUCAGGAUUCAUCCUCAGGGUUCUGUUUUGGCCUUCAUCUAGCUGAAUCCUGCCCCCAAGGACUGAUGCAGCACCUGCACAGCGUCACCUGACAACGAGAAAUAGAGCUGAGUGUCAUCAGCAUGCUGUGAAGCCAAGCAGAAUUUCCCCAGUGCAACUGCCUGAAACCAGACCUGUAGGCAGAAGCAGACUCACUGUAACACCAUGCCCCCAAUUCCCAAAUUAUAGCACUGACCCAGUAAGAUACCGUGGUCAAUUAUGUCAAAAGCUGCCGAGAGAGCAAGAAAAAUCAAUAGAGUUGCAUUUCCCUUGUCUCUCCCCUGAUAGAAGUCAGCAAUCAGAACAAGCAGGGCAGUUUGUUGAAUCCAAAUUGAAAUAGGCCCAGAUAAUAAAUUAUCUCCAAGUGUGCUAGGAGUUUCAGCACCACCUGUGUCCUGACUCCCUUGCCCAGUAAUGGGAUAUUGGCAACUGAGCAGUAGAUAUCAUCUCUUGCAGGAGUAGUGUGUCCUCCCGCCGCCUGCCCUGAAACCUUUGCCAUUGGCAAAGAAGUGGCACUAGUAUCGGUGCUGAUUUCAGGUGAGAUCUCUCAUGUUCUGCAAGAUCUUGCAUGAUUUCAGGUGAGAUCUCAACAGAAAUUGGUGCCAAUGCUGGUGACACUUCUCUGCUGGCAGUAGGGCAGGCGGGGCACCUGCAGGGGAUUCCAGUGCCAGAGGCAGCUGCCACAUCCUGCCUUAAGGCUGCAUUAGCCCUGGUACCCUGAGUCCAAAGAAUUUGAGGUUUUAUCUUCUGUUACCAUCUGCCUGGCUUUAGAUGGAAGUGGGUCAAGAGGUUGAUCUUAAAUGUCUGGGUAGCUUCAUGCAAGAGAAGGUGACCCUUUUAGGUGUAUUUGUGAAGUACAGUGGUACCUCAGGUUAAGUACUUAAUUCGUUCUGGAGGUCCGUUCUUAACCUGAAACAGUUCUUAACCUGAAGCACCACUUUAGCUAAUGGGGCCUCCUGCUGCCGCUGCGCCGUCAGAGCACGAUUUCUGUUCUCAUCCUGAAGCAAAGUUCUUAACCCGAGGUACUAUUUCUGGGUUAGUGGAGUCUGUAACCUGAAGAGUAUGUAGCCUGAAGCAUAUGUAACCCGAGGUACCACUGUAUGCAAUACAAACAUUGCGGGCUUCAUUGUGUAUCACUACGUAACAGUUUGGAAGGGCUCUAUCUUCCCUGUGGCUUCUUUCAAUACCACUUUGCUUGAAAGCCCAGAAUCACAUGGGAAGGACUAACUGCACAAGUCAUUGUUGUCAAUUGAGGAUGGGGGUGAUCACGAGGGAUUUGGUCAACCUACACGAGCAAAGGGUCUUUGUUGUCAUCCUCACCCUUCCAUGCCCCCCGCCCAGCUUGCCAAAUGCUGGAAAUCCAAAGCCAGCAGUGUGAAACUAAACGAGAUACUUUUCAUAGACCGAUUCCUCCCUGUUCUUCGCAGGAACUGGCUUGGCCAGUUUGAAUGCUGACACGUUGUCUCUCAAAUAGCCAUUUUUGUAAAAUACCAUGUUAAGUAUGUAAGGACUGUAAAUGCUGCAUGUCAACAAUAACUUGCGCUGGAAGCCUGCUGUUACAGAAUUGGUUGAUUUAUUCAACCCAGUAUAUGAGAAUCUGCUUCCUCUCUCUCAAUAGUCUGUGUUCUGCCCUUUUCUGCGAAACCUGUUUUUAUUUGCUUGCCUGUUUGGCACUCUAUCACAGCAGGAGGAGUUCUGGGCUGGUGAUAUCAAGUAUCCUGCAGGGCUUCCCCAGUGUUGUCAUUGCUCCAACACACCACCCCUGUCUUGCUAAGCGGCAGCACCAUAGUGCAGGGAGCUGGUCUUCUGAACCAUCUCAUAAUCUCUCUGAAAUGUUUGCUGAGGAGCAGGUAAAUCUGAGCACAUUAGCCACCAUUUUUAUUGGUUCUGCUCCCCUCCCAGUGGCCAGAUGCACUGAAAUUUAGAAGGCGAAGCUUUCCCUGUCACUUACUUUCAUGCCAAGAAUAUUUUCAUUUGCUAACUUACUACAGGUUGUCAGGCUGCAGUUAAGGACAGUGUUGAUCUAGUAAAAUUGGUCCCAUUCAGCUUGCUGGAAUGUUGUAAAUGUUGACUGGUCCUAAUAAAGGCAAUGUUUUACUGUCCCUGGAGUUUGUUUUUCUAAUUAAAAUGUUAUAUUGAAUUAUGAAUAUAUACACACUAUAUUUCAUUCAAAUUCAAAUAUGUUUUAUUGGCGUGUGUACAUGCAUUAAUGUACUAAAUGUCCGUCUCAUCUUUGUCCUACUUGUUCUCAAAUCAUCCCUGAAAUGUAGGCCAGAUAGCUACAAGAGAAUUUACAGACAGCGAAGAACAAACAGUUCUUAACAUUUCUAAGGGAUUUACUGUGAACAAGUGUUCUUCCCACUGGACUUUUCAUUUGGUGUCUCAUGCUGAUAGACUUUCUCUGCUGCAGCUUUGCCCAACCUGGUGUCUUCCAGAAGUUUUAGACUAGAAUUGGCAGUAGUCACAGUAGUUUCUCUUGCAGCGUUAACAAAUGAAGCCUCACCCACAAAUAGAGAGGAAUUUGACAGGUACUCACCCCAUGAGCAGGGACCCUGUAAUAUUUCUAUGUACCUUCUCUAUAUGUAUGAUUGUAUUUUGAUUUUGAAGCAAUACAACCUCUACAAAAUGCACCCCAAAGUUAAUUGCACCAUGUAGUCUUUUGCAUUGCCUGAUCGUAAAGCUGGUCUGGAAUCUUAUAGUUAUUGAAUGGGAAAUUAUAGUCUGAAAAGGAUGGGUUGCUGCCAUUUAAAUCAGUUGCCUUUAAUGAAGAGACAGGCCUUGGCUCAUUUGUCACCUCAGUCUUGAGUUGCUCUCCAUCAGGAAAAAUUACAGUUCAAUUACUGGUUUCUGCCUUUCUUUUUUAGUGGAGCUUCCACUUCUCCAAUAAAUUUGUACAGACUUGCAGCUGCACUUUUGUCAGCUGAUGCCUGAAGCAAGUAGUUUAAUUUAUAGCUUGAACCCUCCUUUACAUGCUGCUUAGAAACUUGCACAUAUUAACAGGUGCUUUUUUGAUGGCAAGGUGGAAAACCUCUGCACUGCAGCAGUCUGUUUUGUUAGCAAAACUGCUCUAUCGACUUUAUAAAAAAAACUUUUAUUAUCCAGAGCAGCAUCUCCCCCACAUGCUUGAGCCUGCAUGAGAUGUAUGGAUAAUGUUGAUAUGUAGAUGUCCCAGUUUUCACAUGGCUUACUAAUUGGAGCUUACUUUUGAAUUUCAGCAUUCAGACUGGCAAGCUAGUAGGAGGGUUUAUAGUUCUGCAGUGUGUAUGACAUGAAAACGGACACAUAGGACUGAGUGAAAUUGAGGAGUACUUCUUGCAAUCAUUUUUGGCAGACCAAAAGGUUCCAACAAUUUUUCAAUGGUUGUUACAACGAGGAAACAUUUUCCGCACCCUGAAUUGGCUCCAUUUGUUCUUUCACAAUGCUGUCACAUAGCCAAAUCGGAUUCGCUAAAAAGCAUUGUUACAUUAUCCAUUUCAGAAUAUGAUCUCCAACUGGUGAAUGUCCACACAAUUUGGAUCUCACAAAAGCCGUCUAUUCUAUCCCAAAAUUGAAAAAUAAAAUGAAAUGUGCUACACAUAAAGAGUUAUAGGUCUCAACAGUAAGAUCUGAAGCAAACCUUUGACAACAUUGUGGAUAUCUUUUAUGACAGAGAAAACAGAGAUCAGAAGUUAAAGAAUUAGGAAUCAGUUUUAACUUUAUAUAUUUAACAUGAGAUGAAAAUCCUCCUCUCUUGCAUAAUGUUGAACUAGCUUGAAGUAAAACGUAUCAUUUUAGCCCAUCUAAAAUUAUAGCAAUGUUCUAUGGCAGAAGCAUUCUACUUAUUGCUAUGUAGUAUUCUUGUUUGCUACAUAAUGCUAAUUGUUAGAACAUGCACCUGUGAUGAAUUUCAGAAUAUUAGUUUUUGAUAAGAAAUACGACACAAACAACCAGCGUUCUAUGGCACCUUAAAGACAACCAGUUUGAUGUACUACAAUAAAAGUGUUAGAUUUGAAGGUGCCCAGGGAUUCAAUGUUGGUCUUGUACAGUGGUCUAAUUUAAGUAUCCCUUUGGUAUGUGGCACAGUGUUGGCUUGCCUCCCAUUGCAUGUAAAAACUUGAGGAAAUCAGAAAAAUAUUCAAGCUGUAAAUGCGGGUGGAAUCUCAACUAGAAAAAAAAUCCAGGUUCCUGCUGCUCUAGGUGCCUAAAAGGUUACACUUAUGAAUUCUAGACUGUUGCUCACCAUCUUGGGAAGCAUUCUUACCUAAAAAGAAAUUGAAGUUCAUUUAGGUACUGGGCUAGUAAAAAAAAAAAGAUUUCUGUUGAGCAGAUUGGUGGAAGUAUCCAUCCCUUGUUUGCCAGCCUGUUUGGUUUCCAUAUGUUCAUCAUAGACAACAUGGUGAUUCUUUCCCCAUGGCCAACAUAUAGAAACCAAGUAGAAUGGCAGAGGGCAAUAGCCAACAGAAGUUCCCCUCCCUCUCCUCUCCUGGCAUGCACUCUGGCUUCCCCAACCCCCAGAAACAGAUUUGGGGUGUGGUAUAGGGGAUGCACAAGGAGAAGAGAGGGACAGGAAAUUCUAUUUCAUAAGUGGAAAUCCUUGACCUAGCGGAAACACCCAAGUUCAAGACAACCCAGAGAGACCACUCUUAUUUGCUUGCCUGCAGCGAGCAGGUGAAUUCUUAAAUGCAAGGCCCAAGUGGUACUUUAAUUCUCUCUGGCCUGUUGCUACAAUACUUUUUUCCUCAUUAUUUUACAGUUCUUUGCAUAUGUGAAGGGGAAGUCAGGAUUGAGCCCUUUUACUUUUGGUAAAUACUGUACUAUAGUGCAAAAAGAGUUCUUUAUUAUAUAAAAUGCUUCUAUGAAUAUAUUUCUGUAUCUUCACAUAACAAGCCACUUUCUUCACCUGUUAAUAUUUUUAUGUUGCACAGGAAAUAGCUCGUUUUCUGCGUCCUGGCACGCUCCGUGCUAUCUUUGGUAAAAACAAGAUCCAAAACGCUGUUCACUGCACAGAUCUUCCAGAGGAUGGUCUUUUGGAGGUAAGGCUCAGUGAUGCAUCUUUAUAUUAUAGGAUGUUAAAGGAGUCUGCGAAGCUGUUUUGAGCUUUACAAUGAGAUGCUAAGCAGAAGUAAAAUUACUAUUUAAAAAAAUUAUAAGCCUUUCACGUUUGGUAGGGAUAUGGGAGAGGGCCUUCUCAGUGGCUGCUCCCAGACUUUAGAACUCCCUUCCUAGAGAAGCUAGAAUGGCUCACUACUUGUUGUCCUUCCACCGGCAGGUGAAUACUUUCUUGUUCCAAUAGGCUUUUAGGAACCGACUGCUUUUAAUGAAGGGCUGGUGCUGUGCUGUUUUUAUUGUGAUUAUUUGUACGGUUUGAAUAGAUUUUAUAUACGUAUGUAGUUCUAAUUCUGUCAGUGUUCAAUUGUUUCUUAAUGAUUUUUUGGUAUGUUUUUUGCAUGGGUCCCGUCAGGGGGAAAUGUGGGGUAUAAAGGAAUACAUAAUAAUAGUGAAUGGUGGCAAUAAUUUUAAUGGAAUUUUAGUUGAAGUCGGCAUCAUGUGCAGUUACUUGUACAGUUUUUACUAUAUUACUAGACAAUAAACAACUGAAGCAAAUGGAGAAUUAAUUCUGAAUACAGUCGGCGAACAUUUUGCAUGGGAUUUCCAUUCCCGGCCCCCAUUCACCUUGGUGGAAUGCAUAUAAGCAUGCCCCACCCCAGUUACACCCCCAUUCUGCCCUUUUUGUGACUGGGAGUGAUUGUGCAUCAUUUGGAUCUGCGUUAAUCGGUUGCUGCCUGUAAUAGCAGAAGCUGAAAAUACUCUCCAGCAAAAGUUUUUAAAGGCUUACAUUUUGUAGCCUUCAUGGGAAUUAGAUUGAAGGGUGGUCCAUAAAUCACUAUAAUAAAUGAGUAAACGUUUAUAUACAAACUGGAUUUUUAUUACUUUAUUAAAGUAAAUUACUCUAGGGUGAACUCAUUAGGACUGAUUUUACAUAUUUUUGUGUAUGUGUGUAGUAAAAUCCCCCACUCACCCUUGAUGCGUUUGGCUGUGCAUGUAGCAACUGAGUUAUUUGAAUAGUUCAUCUGAAGCACAAACACAAUUGAUUUGUAAAACUUUUAUAAUGCUUACUGUAAUAAAGAUCUCUAAGCAGUUUGAUGUGCUACCAUAAGCCUUUGCCUUGGAUAAUGUCAACCUUCAUGGCUCUUUUGACUAUUCUUUCAGCAGCAGGGGUGAUUCUAGAUCAUACGGUGUCAGGCGGCUGUAAGCAACUCCCGCAGCCGGUUGCCAGGAACGUACAGACAAGGAAAAGUUCUUACCAUCUGCUUUUUAUUCUAUAUUUACAGAGAGAGGCUUGGAACACAGCCUCUUGGAUAAGGGCGUUGUCCCGAGUGAAUCUCCACCCCCCCUUCUCCCCCACUUCCUCAUUUGUCUUCAGCAUCACCUCCUCUAUGGGUGCCGCUUAGUGCUGUCUGUCUUCAAGCUCUUUGCUCUCCUACUUUUAAGGCUCGCCAGGUUCUGGGACAUGGUGGGUCUGGAUUGCUUUCUAGUGAUAACCUGUCAGCCAUCUGCUGCUCUGGCUCUGCCUCCUCCUCCUCUCCCAUUAUUUCCCAACUUUUCCCCUCAUCUUCCUCUGAGCUGUGACUUCCCUCAAACCCCUGUUGAAAUUCUGAACUGUCUUCCUCUUCUCUGGAAGGGUCAGGCUGGGGAGGUGGUCUCCACCAUUCCUCUGCCCAGUCCCUGACAUACGGAUGCUAUCAAUAUGCUGUAAAUCAAUAUGGGUCAAAGACAGAGUAUUAACAAUUACACCUUUGUGGCUUGCAAACCAUUGGCCUGCUCUGUUGCAAAGAGCAUAUUCUGUGCCAGAAUAUGACUUCUUUUUGGUGUAAUUGUAAUAUAUCAGCAUUUAUCUGAGGUUUGGAUGUUGCGUUUGCCUUUUAGAACAAGUUGGUGAGGAAAGGGCAACAGUCAUACACAAUAACACAUGUUUUUGUUUGUUAUUAUGAUAUGCAUUUUGUGUUUUUAUAUUUUAAACUGCCAUGUGAUAUUUGGAUGAAGGGUGAUAAAGAAAUUGAAUGAAUUAAUGAAUGCAAUGUGGGGUGAUAGUGCUUUGCCACAUGCAAAUAGCGUGAGCCCUUGCUUUGCAUUUCUUUUAAAUAACAUAGGCACAAUACUCUGUUGCCAUUCUGUAAUUCAGUCACCCAUUGAUGCAGCUUUAAUGCCAACAAAGCACUUUAUGUACUGGUUACUUCUCGCCUGGCAAUUGGACCUUAUUCAGCAGUUGCAAUGGAUGUCUUAUCAGUGUCACAUUAAUAAUGCAAUGGCGCACUGAACGCUGCCUUCCGAUUCCCUGGCACUUGCAGUCAGUGAUUUGAAACCCCUGCACUCGGAUGCACAUCUAGUGUUCUUCUUCUGUGGCCUCAGGUUACAAAGUGGUUAGUGGUGGCCAGUUUUAUCAAAGCCAUUUGAUUGUGGCUUUUGGCUUCAUCCAUAAUGUUCUUAGUACAGUGGUACCUUGGUUCUCAAACGCCUUGGUACUCAAACAGCCAGGAACCCAAACACUGCAAGCCUGGAAGUAAGUGUUCCGGUUUGCGAACUUUUUUUGGAAGCUGAGCGUGCUCCGUUUUAAGUGUUACGCUUCCGAUUUGAGUGUUAUGCUGAGGUCUGUCUGUUUUUGCUAUUUAUUUUGUGUUUUUGUUUUUACAGCUCUUUUUGUUUUGUUUUUGUGACUGUGGGGAACCCAGUUCUGCUACUGAUUGAUUGAUUGUGUGACUGCAGUACAUUGUUUAUUGCUUUCAUUUUAUGGAUCAAUGGUCCCAUUAGAUAGGAAAAUUCAUGUUAAUUUGCUGUUUUAGGGAUUGUUUUUAAAAGUCUGGAAUGGAUUAAUCCAUUUUGCAUUACUUUCUACGGGAAAGCGCACCUUGGUUUUGGAACGCUUUGGUUUUAGAAAGGUCUUCCGGAAUGGAUUAAGUUUGAGAACCAAGGUACCACUGUACUUCUACUCCAGCAAAACUGGGUUGCCUAAGGAAUUUGCAUAGAAAGCUGCAAAUCCCGAUCUCCUUCUCCUCUCUGCCCCAGUAUGGUAUAAGGCUACCGUUUUACUUAUUUUUAAAAGUCAGACAAUAUUAAUAUUGGUUGUUAAUGAAAUUGACUACAGACCAUUAACUGUAGAGGAGUUGAUGGCACCAGUAUAUAUAAAAGCCAGGUAUAUAAACAAAUUUUAGUGGUAAUUUUUGGAAGCUUAGAACAUAUUUUUAUAUUAGCAAUUUCUAUACUCUUUGAUGAGGAGGGAGUAAACCUUAAUUAUACCACUGGAACUAACAUCUCUAUAGUUUUUAUCUCUGACAGCCUGAUCACAAGCAGGUAUAAUCAGAAACAAGCCCUACUUUCAGUUGGGCUUGCUUCUCAGUAAAUAUGCUUGAGAUUGCAGCCUUGUUUUAGCCCUUCAUCUGCAUAUUGUGAACGGAUUAAGUAUACUUAAAAAUAUGUUGCAACAUAAUAUGGGCAAACUGAAAAUAGUGAAGUUAACUCGUUAAGAGAUGGUGGAUCCAUGCAAUGUUUUCAUUCCUCUAUUCAAAAUGUUGACACUACUUAUGAACUGGGUUGUGAAGAACUGCAAAAAAAUAGGUAUUUUAGCAGGUGGGGAAUUGGUAAGCAAAACAUCUCACUGACAAAAUUAAGGGCAAUAAGAGACUCUGUUCUGAGGCAUUCUGUUGCUGCUGGCAUGGUGGCCUCCCAAAAUAUCUUCCACACUCUUGUGAGUAUGGGUAUUUGCCCAACAAUCCCGAUACUUUAUGUGGAAAGCACAUUUCGACAUUAUCACAAGCUAGUAGUCUUCCUAUUAGACAUAUCUAAAGUGAUAAUGAAAGACUUAACGCCCUGUGUGUGAGAGACUGUGGGAAGAAAGCAGGCAAAGAUUGAAGUCUGGUUUAUGCAACUGGGUUAGGAGUGUCCAUUUCCAGCUCUAGCCAUUCCUGAAGGGGGAUAACUUUGCCACAGUGAUAAAUGAACUGGAAACCUCCUGUCUAGAUUUAUUCUAAGUGGGGCUAUCCUUGAAGACUGUUCAGAGACUUCAUCUGGUGCAGAAUGCUGCCCUGAACAGCAUGCUAACUUGGAAGAUUAUUGUACCUGUUCUGCAUGAACUGUACUGGUUGACAUUUUAUUAUGUUUUUAUCUGUGCUGGAAGCUGCCCUGAGUGGCUGGGGAAACCUAGCCAGAUGGGUGGGGUAUAUAAUAAUAUUAAUAUAAAUAAUAUAAAUAAAAAGAAAUAAAUAUUUCCAAACCCAAUUUAAGAUGUUGAUGUUGACAAAGAAGGCCCUAAACAGCUUGAGCUUAAGUACCUGUGGAAUUCUCUGCCUCUGGAGGUGCAUCAGAUGUUAUCAGAACGUCAGUACCAGUGGCACCUAUUGACCUAGGCUUUUGGGUCUUCAUUAUAUUGCUUAAAUAGGUUCUUGCCGCACUUUGAGUUGUUGAACCUCUGUUACCUUGCUGCUAUUUUGAGUUUAUAAUACCUUUUUGUCAUGUUAAUGCAUAAUCUUAUAUUAUUUGUUGUUGCUGUGCUGUGUGUCGUACUUUUAUUUGUGAACCACUCUGGAUUUAUUUAUUUUUUUCAGUCAAAAGUUACUGGAUAUAUGAACACAAAUAAUAAUACUAGACCCAUGUAUACAACUAAACUGCUCUUAGCUGCCCAGUGUAGUUGGGAUAGAGAAGGAUACAUAUCCAGAUAAACAGCUGUUGUGCAGCAGCAAUGUUGAUUGGGUUAACAUUAGAUGCUAAAGUACUCUGUCAUAAGGUGCUGUAGCAGUAAGAGACUUGCUGUGGUGCAACUCUUCAGAGCAAGCAGGAAAGGAACACUCUCAACUGAAUGUUCUCGUCGUGGGCAUUAGAGUGACAUGACCCAGAAAUGUAAUUAAAAACCCUCUGAUGUUCUUUUCCCACCAUAAUCUCUCUUCCUGUCCCCACUUCAGUUUGGAAAGACAAUAAGGAGGAGCGGUUCUGUAUAAACUAUAUCACAUUUCAAUAUCCUGAGGGCAGUCUCUGGGCCAAACUUGAUACAGCAAUAGGAGAGAGCUGGUCAUGAAUCUCCUGCUGUUUUGAGAAGUUCAGUUGCAGUUGUAUGUUGCCUGUAUGUUUUGCCCUCUGAAUAGCAGCUGUAAGAAUCCCUGCUGGAUCAAACCAAAGGCCCAUCCAGGCAUCCUCUUCUCCCAGGGACCAACCAAAGGCCCAUGGUUAGUCCACAAGCCGUCCAUGAGCGCAAUUGCAUUCUCCCCAUAUAAGGCGCUCAGCCCUGCCCCCAAUCCACCCUUUUAGUGAUAUCUUAGGGUCACUUUCAAGCACAAUUGCCCCUCAAUCAGAUGUGUGUAAAUUGAGAGUUGCCUGUGUUUACUUACAUUUAUUUAAUGGGAUUUGUGCACCACUUAAUUGUAAAAACAAACAAACUCUUAAGCAGUUUACAUAAAAUAAACAGAAUAAAUUAGCAAUUUAAAUAUGUUAAUGUCUAUGUAUAUAUGCACAUUUUAAAAAUCAUUACUACAAUUUACAUUUCACAAAAGGCAAGCCAAUUAAUUGCCCAUCCAAAUCAAUUAUUAAAUUAGAACCUCAUCCCAAACCACACAUUUCAGUUCUUAACUGGUUAAUUUCCUUCCAGAUGAGCCAGACUUGGUUCCAAAAUCAAUUUCCCUUCCAUUAAUUAUACCAAUUCAAUUCAAUUACCUCAAUUCCAGCCCCCUCCAAUCAAAUGAAUUUCAACAAGAAUAGGGUGGGAUCACCAUUCACUUCAGGUGGUAGAGGCCAGUUGGGAUUCUUACUAUGAGGCAGCCUAGGCAAUUGUUCAUUUGUUCUUUUUAACCUAAUUAAGCCAGUAAAAAAAAAAAAGCUGCCAAUUGAACUGAUGUACAACACUGUCAAUAGAAAUCUCAAAUGCCCCUGGGUUGGGAAACAGCAUCCCUUCCUUUUCCAUUUGGGGGACAAUUGUACAGAAAAAGGUACCAUUUCCUUUUCAGUACAGUUGUUUCUGGAAAUUAAACAAAAUAACACCAUUACCUUCUCUAGGGGCAUCAUUUGACUGACUUAAGUUUAAAAAGAGAGAGCUAAGAUCUGUGGCCACCUUGACACAUCCUGUUUGUCCAAUAUUUGAUAUAAUAAACUGGAAUGUGAUCUCAGGAAACACUUGAAAUGCCAGUGAUCCAGCAGGAAAUGCACCAUUUACUUGGUGGUGAAGGUUGGUGGUGAUAUUUUAUUUAUAGAUAGAAGGUGCUCCCAGAGAGUAAUCAAUAUAGCAACAGUAAGUUGAGGUAUGUUGUAGGACUAGCUCCUGUAUACUUUUAUUGUAGAAAUCUCCUGAGACUGUACUACUUUGGGUUGCUGGUAGGUAAAUCCUUUACUAUUCACAUGACACACAAAAAUGUUGUCUGUUGAAAACUAGCAAGUUGAGGAGAAACAUUCUAGCUUCACCUUACUCUUGACAGGAGGGUUUUCUUUGUGCAAAGAAGAGCAUUCAAGCAUUGAAUCCACCCAACUGCAUCCUGAAAUGGCACAUCCAGGAGACCUGUGGGUCAUAUUUUAUUUUAUAUUGGCCUCUUAUACUUUCCGACGGGAGAGAAAUUUUCAUUGUCAGUGACUCUCCCUUUGUUGUUUGACCCUGGACUUUAGGCUUCUUCCGCCUUCUGAAAAUACCUUCACUAAGCACAGUGAAGUUAAUCAAUAACCCUCACAUGACUGAUUUGAGCCAGGAAAGAAAGGAAGGAAUUUAAAAAGCUAUUGGCUGUCCCAUAAUUAAGCCCAUUUCAUUCAUAAAAACUGAAUUGCUGUUUUUCUCCUGCGUCAGUGGAGCUAAAGCAGUAACACACCUAUUGCAAAGUCCUCUUCAGCUUACUGAAUAAAGGGCUAUAAUUAUUAUAUAUCAGAAUGUAUUGGUGUCUGCAGUAACAUUUUUGAGCAACUUCCUUCUUUGAUGUUUUUUUAAGGCACAUAACUGAACUUUGAAUUCAGUGCAGUCACAAUUAACCUUGAAAAGUUGUAAUUGUGAAGUAGGUUCCAGAUACAGUGUCAGCUAAUCUUUUUUUCUUUUAACUAUGCAAAAGUACACCAAUACUGAGUUGAUGUAUGCACACUUUUAAAGAUUUUUCUACACAUUAUGGGGAGUACAUAUAGGCCAGAUGUUGCUAGCUUACAGAUCCCAUCAUUUCUCACUAUUGACCAUGCUGACUGGGGCUGAUGGGAGUUGGAGUCUAGCAACGUCUGGAGAGCUAUAGGUCAGCUACCCCUGAUAAAGUCACUCUUGAAGGAAACAAAUGCCAUUAUAUCCAUCUGUCUUUAGUCAAAAAUGUUUCUGUAGAUUAGAGUUGGGGAACCAGAAGUCCUCCAGACUUGCACUCCAACCCCCAUCAGCCCCAGCCAGCAUGGCAAAUAAUUGAGAAUUGAUGGGAGUUGGAGUCUUAACUACAUUUGGAGAGCUGCAGGUUCAGUGUUGCAUUGCAUUCAGAACCCUGAGGAACUCCUCAUUGAAGGCUCAGUGGGACAAAAGAGCACGCCCCAAGCAUCACCAUCUGGAAAUGACCAUCCAAGUAGGACCAGAAGCACCACAAAGUGGUGACACCACCCCACUAACUGGGACAGCUGUUCCAGAAUGAUACCAUGGUUGAUGGUGUUGAAAGCUGCUGAGAGAUUGAGGAGGAUUAACAGGGACACAUUUCCCCUGCCUCUCUCCCAACAGAGGUCAUCAUACGGGGCAACCAAAGCAAUUUCUGUGCCAAAACCGGGCCUAAACCCUGAUUGAAAAGGAUUUAGAAAAUCAGUUGCCUGGAUCUGAUCUGUGACCACUCGCUCAAAACCUUGUCCAAGAAAGAGAGAUUGGCAACUGGCCGGUUGUUACAUAGAUUUUCUGAAUCCAGGGAGGGUUUCUUGAGGAGUGAUUUUACCAUUGCCUCCUUUAAGCAGGCAAAGACCAGCCCCUCUCGCAAGCAGGCGUUCAUCACCUCCCUGGCUCAGCCAGAUAUCCCUGCUGCUAGUUUUUAUCAGUCAAGAGAGGCAAGGGUCCAGAGUGCAAGUGGUUGCCCUGAAUGAUCCAAGCACCUUGUCCACAUUCUCGAUCCUUAGUAAUUGGAACUCAUCCAACAUAACAGGACUAGUCAGUGCUCUAAACACUUCUCAAGAUUCAUCUGCUGUAACAGUGGAGUCAAGGUCCUGGCAGAUGCAAACGAUUCUAUUCUCAAAAUGCUUUCCAAACUACCUGGAAAAGUUCUGCUGGAUGACACAAUGAGGAUGCAAUGGAGGCAGCAAAGUAAGCCUUCUUUGCUGCCUUCACUGCAACUAAGUAGGCUCAAUGAUGAACCUUCGCCAUUAUUUGAUUGCAUUUCACUGGCGUUUUCUUCCACUUGCAUUUGAGCCGCCUUCCCACUUGUUUUCUCACUCUUAAGUGCUAGAGUAUACUAGGGAGCCAAGCGAGCUCCACAAAGUGGGAGAGGGCACUCAGGAGCGAUUGUGUCACCUCAGUAAAUAUGAUAAACGGUACAGUAAUAAUAACAAUAGUAAUCCACAGUCUCAGCGGUGUUCUCCAUAGUUUCGUUUUCCGAAAUCUCGGCAAACCCGAUAAUGCAAACUCUUCUUCCCAAAGAGGGAAUGAUCUAAUUGGAUUGCAAAUUUCUCAUGUGCUAUUGCAGAGUACCAUAGAAAGUCACUGUAAACCAGUAGUCUGUGAGGCUAGAUUUCAAGUUCGGUUAGCAGAAAAUUCAUUAAAUGGAAAAGCCCUUGGUGUAAUUGUAUAUGAAGUAAAACAACAUAUAGCAAGAUUUCAGUAAUCUGGCCCAGUUUCAUAUGCUGAACUAUGCCAAUUGGAUUCCUAUAGCAAGACAGUUCAUAUAGACACCCUCCCCCCCAAUUCCCCACCUGCUCCAAACAGCUGCUCCAUGCAGCAGAUUGGAACCAAGAGAAGUUUUCUUUUUCUUUUUCAGGCAUAUUCCAACAACUGUCAUUAAUAUGUUGCACUCAGGAUAUGCCACAAGUAUGCGUAAAAUGAAGGGAGACACUCCUUGACAUCCUUGAAAUAAGCUAGCACUUUAAAAACUGUUGCUAUAUCAGCACAGCUGUUGUGACACGGGGACAGAUUGUGGUAGAGCUGUGUAGAUCCAUGCUUGAGAUGGUGGUGGGAGGGAGAACAGUGUGUGCUCUUAAAUGCAUUCCAGGCCGGAAGCUCUGCAGUAGAUUUCACCGAGCCACCUUUGAGAUGAAGCAGGAUUUGGAGGAAGUUUGUAGUACGCAGAGACAACUAGGUCCAUUUAAGUGCCAAUUUACCACGGUGUCAAUGUAACUGCUUGGCAAACCAGGUGUUGUUGUUUUUUUUAAAAAAUCCUGUCUAAUGGAGAGGAAAAAAUUGCCAAAUAUCCUUACUUUAAUUAAUAAUCAAUGGAAGUAAAAUGGUGGUAAUGUUCAGAUUACAGGUUCACAAAGUGCUUACAUGCACUCCAUGGUAAGUAGCCAUUUGUUUAAUGAUUUAUUGUAUUCUACCCCGAAAGAAACAUUGUAGAAGCUCAGUCCCCCAGAGUGUGUCUGUGUUAGCUCAUUUUCAUGUGAUCAGUUUUUUCCCCAAAAUAGUAGGAGGAACCAGUGCUUCCUGAAUCAUGGUCACCAAAAGGGCAAUCGUAUUUGGGGACUGAAGGAUGAGUAGGAAGAGAAAUUGUGAAAUGAAUGUAAAUGUGACAAGGAGUGCUGGUGCCACGAUUCACUACCUCACUUUGUAGAAAUGCAAAAUGCUAGUUAUUGGAAUCUCCGAAAGCAGAGCAGUUUGGUCUCUGAGCUUUGUGUGUGCCAGCACUCCUUGUUCUGUACAUUUAGCACACUGUAACAGUUUUCAUCAGUGAUGUUUGCCAGUGCCCAGGUCCUUUGGAGUCCUUUGCCUGAACCACUGCUCACACCUUUUCACAGCUUUAUAAUGUACUUACUUUAGCCAAGUUUGAAGCAUGCUCAGUGAUGAAUGUUGAUGUUAAAGGUUCUGAGUGCUGAAUGUGACGUUUUUACAGCUCAUGUGCUUUGCUUCCUCUGUAGAAACAACUUGUUCUUGUAUGGUACUUGCCUCUGAUUUAAAAUACGUAAUUUGGAAUGAAAGUGUGCUUGGUUGCAUUCAUCAUAUGAAACACUGCCAAAGCCUGUAUGAUAUGCCCUGAUAAAUUUUGCAACGCGGAGUGGGUGUCCAAUUCCAACUCCAGCAAUUAUGUUUCAUCUGCCUAUAUAUGAGAGAUGUAAAACAAUUUAACAGCAAGUAAGCCCUCUUCAUAUCACGUAUUUUACCGAAUCAACCUUUGGGCAAAUAUUUAAAGAAAAAUAGUAAGCUUUUAUCAGUUGAAGGCUGACAUCCUAUACACGCAUACAUGGGAGCAGGGGCAGACCUUGGGAAUAUGGCAUCUUGUGUAAGGCCAAAAUUUGAUGCCUUCCCUGCCCCUACCCUCGCACAACCUUCUCAAAGCUGGCUAGGCAAGGCCUUGGGCUUUGGGAAGGAAGUGUAAAGCUCUGGCAGGGUCCUGGAGCUAUCCUGUCUCCUUCCCAAAGCUGGGAAAGCACUAACUAGGCUUUGGGAAGGAGGCAGGAUGAUGCCCUCUCUGUUUGGCACCCUAUGCAGGGGAGCCAGUUGUGCAAUCCUGAAUCGACCUCUGCCAGCAGUAAGAGACCCUGGACUCAAUGGGAUUUACUUUUGAAUGGACCUGUAGUAGGGUGGAGAAGCAAAGAAAGGCUGGCUGUUGUGACAGUGGCUGUGUUCUGCAGGGUGUUGAGUGAUGCUGCAUGAUAAAAUGCCUUUGAAAUGGAAAGGCGUUUCAGAAACAGAUUUGUGAUAUGAAAAGGGGGAGCAGCUGUUCAUGUGGACUCCCCCCCACCCAGGUUAAACAUUUUCCUGGCCUAGCACAAGCCCUAAGCAACAUUUCUGAACCUGCCUCAUUUAACUUUCAUUGCCACACAGUGAGCUACACAUAAAUAAAUGGAAAUUCUGAAUAUAUGUCUCUGCGUUAAUGAGAGCUGGCAAUCCCCCCCCCCAAAUGAAAGCUGGGAUAUGAUGUUGCUCAUUCUACCACUGCUACUGUACAUAAUUUGUUUUCUCAUUAUAAAAUCUGGAAUAAAAUACAGAAUCGCAAAAAUUCAAAUUUAAUGAAAGAUACAAGUUUAAAUUUUCGCUGCAUUGUGUUUUAUUUGCAAUAAAAAACUAUAAAGUGUGAGAAUGUUUAACUAUACAAUGUAUAAAAAUGGCUACAAGCCUACAUUUUCUUGACCUAGUAUUCAGUUGCAGUGAAAUGCUGUAAUUGUCUUCUCAGAAGUAAGUUCCAUUGAGUUCAGUUGGGCUUCCUUUUAGGUAAGUAGGCAUAGGAUUACAGCCUAAGGGGUUCUGUUACAUAUUAACUUCUGGGUGACUAUCCAGCCAACCUUUUAGCAGUUUGGAAUUUAACUCACCUUUUCAGAGGGCUGUCAUAUUUGUAAAACAGGAGAAUCAAUUAUUUAAAGUAGCAGCGUCCUGUUUAUCACAGGCUGGUCCUUCGUACCACAUUUCCUCUCUUUAAAUAAUUAAGAACAGGGCCAUUGUUUCUCCCUGUCAUUUGGUGAUGCUGCUGUUGCAAUACAGCCAUUUACUAGGGGCAAAAUCCCACACAAAAUGCUUUUGCUGUUUAGUGAAGAGGGGCAUUUUGAGUGCUGGUAAGGCAGUAGACAUGAAACUUUCCAUCUCAUUUCAUGUUCAAACAUACAGCUCGUAUGAUCUACAGGUUUCCUCAUACCAUCUUUUAGGACCUCACCUUUAAAUAAUAAAAAGAAAAUAUCUAGGCAAUAGCCUGCAGAAAUUCUAAGAGAUACACUUCUUACUGAUAUCUUCUAUUACUUUGGUUCACUGUUUGCUGGUUUAUGUGUGCACUCGUUUUUGUUCCUUUGCUUUUUAUAGCGUGGAGUAAUUUUAUUUCUUCAUGUGGAUUUUUGUCAUGUUUUCAAUCAUGUUAACUACUUCGUACUUUCAAGUAGAAAAAUGCAUUUAAUAUUUAGAAUAAAUAAAAUAUGAGUGCAACUGUUCUAACAAUGUAUGUGCUCGUUAGACAAUGUUAAUUAAUGCAGCAGUUUUGUUUCAUAGUAUUUCUUCAAGCUGAGUGUGUGGUUAAGGCAUGAAAAUCAUCUUCUUCACAACUUGUACGAGCGAGAAUGGUGGUGGGUUGGGUUUUUUGUUUUUGUUUUUUUUUGCAUUCUAAAUAUCACAGUUUCUUUGUUUUACCCAUGCUUUCUUGUAUAAGCAUUCUGAGGAAACUUUACAAACCAAGCUUGGGUAAAAACGAUUAAGCAUGAUCUGUUCUGGAUUCAUGCAGUCUACACAAACCUUUUGUACGCUUUACAAACGCAUAUUAGAAUCCUGAGAAUCUCACGUCUUCCUUCCUUCCUUCCUGAAGUAAUUUUCUACUUCAUGUAGCUGUACAGGUUAAACUUUUACUUAGGAUGGCAAAUCCCCACUUGGCAAUUAAUCUCUCUGAGUGACCUUGGCCAGUCACUCUCUCUUAGCCUAACAUACCUCACAAUGUGGUUGCGAGCAUAAAAUAGAGGAAAGAGAAAUUGUAUAUGGCGCCCUGAGUUCCUUGGAGGAAAUGUGAGAUAUUAAUGUUGAGGUAGCCCUCCAGCAGCUAAAAGGGGUUGGAGUGGCUCCGAACAGGUUCACACUUUUGUAUAGAACAGGCACGGUAGACGAAAGGAGUAUGUUGGUUCUCAUUUAUUUUUAAAGUGGACAACCCCUUAGGAAUUCUAAGACUCUGGAAUUACAACUCAAUAAAAGUUGGAUAUAUUGUUCUGAUUCAGUGCAAUAAAAGUGCCAGAAUGACCUGCCAGAAAUGGCAAUUGGCGAAUUGCAGGCAUAUCUGCAGCUGCUACCUCAGAACAGGACUGGCUGGCUUUUUAAUAGUGUAUUCUGGAGGCUUUUAUCUGAUAAUUUCCUUCCAUUUUGGGUCAAAGAUGACUGGAAAUGUACCGUGUCCAAUAACUCUCACCUGAAUCUUUUUGGAGGAUAAUGAUUUAGUUGUGGAGUAGAAGUCAGACCAUUGGGCAUCAAGUUCUCUAUUCCAUAGUUGUAUGUAUAUUUGUGAUACCUUCGAUAACAUGUUUGAAAUAUCUUUUGAUGCUUUUAAAGGGUGUAAGCUUAAGAAAUGACAAAACCCACCUGUUGUAGAAUUGGGGCUUCUGAAGCAUCCCUAGCGUGCUCUCUCCCACAAAUCCCAAAAGCCUUAAAAAUAAGCUAACCCAAAACUUUUGUUGGAUUUUUCUCUACAUACAGGUUAGUUGAAUACUUUACUCCUUCUGUUUGUGUAGGAACUGUAAUCUAGAGAAGGCAUGUGGGACACAUACUCCCCAUUGCUGUAGACCCUGUUAUCUCCAGGGUCUGCAGCUCAGGAAAGUGGGCCUCCACAUCACCAUGACCGCCAUGGUUUUCCAGCUUUCAGGAUAUUCCCUCAUUGCCCUUGACAACUCAGUGGAUGGGGGGACUGGUACAAGUUCAAAGUACAGUCCCUAACAGAGCAAUCCAGGAUGUUUCAUGCCUGCAUGUAUAGGAAGGAGCACCUAGCACUGAAGAAAUUGACUAGGUGGUAGGAGCAGCAGUGGCUAGGCGGAUGGAUGAUGCAAAUUUGCCAGGGCUGAGAGUAGCUGCCAUCAGUUGCUGGAUUUGUGGGCAGGAUGGACCUGUGGGAAUUCAUACAGUUUGAGGAAGUGGAAUCAUCCUUGGUGGAAGAGUGCUGUAACCAUGCCUUAAAUUCCUCUGAGGCAGGAGUGGGGAAAGCUUUUUUAGCCAGAGGAGUCACCUUCUCUUAUAGACACACUUCCAAGGUGCCAGGGGUGGGUGGGACCACAUGCAAAAGGGGACGGAGCAAUGGUUGUGGCUCUUACCUUUAUACAUAAAGGCAAAGAGACCCCUGACCAUUAGGUCCAGUCGUGGCCGACUCUGGGGUUGCGGCGCUCAUCUCGCUUUAUUGGCCGAGGGAGCCGGUGUACAGCUUCCGGGUCAAGUGGCCAGCAUGACUAAGCCACUUCUGGCGAACCAGAGCAGCACACGGAAACGCCGUUUACCUUCCCGCCAGAGCGGUACCUAUUUAUCUACUUGCACUUUGACGUGCUUUUGAACUGCUAGGUUGGAAGGAGCAGGGACCGAGCAACGGGAGCUCACCCCAUCGCGGGGAUUCGAACCGCUGACCUUCUGAUCGGCAAGUCCUAGGCUCUGUGGUUUAACUCACAGCACCACCUGUGUCCCUACCUUUGUACAUAGACUACGUUAAAAGUCAGGAGGUUCUGCACAUAUACUCAGCUCUCCAUCCUUCAUCCAGGCAAGCAUUUGAGGAGAGUGCAGAGCAGGAAUGGUGAAUGAUGUGACCUGGAGAGAGAUGUGGCUUGUGGAGAUUCCUGAGGGCCAAGGAGAGAUGGUCUCAUUUGGCCCCUUGGUCUUGAAGUGCCUCAUGCCUGUGUUGAGGCAUGAAAGAGCAUCACUUGUCGAAUAGCAGAAUUCAGGUUGUGGCAAGGAUUCCUGCUUUACUUUUCAAAGGUGUUGAAAGACACCUUUGUAGACACCUUUGCCGUUGUAGACAGUGCCCAGUAUCUGUCCUCCAUUUCUGUUUUAACAGUUUUAUUAUUUGGGGGAUGCAACCCUGAAAUUUUCCCAACUAGGUUUCAGUAUUAUUUCCUAGCAUUUAUGGGAUUAACCACAGCCUUUAGCGCAACACUGUUUCCACUUCUCUGAAGUGUUUGCUUUUCUUUGAGUCUUGCAUCUGACCUCUCACUGCUUUUAGGGCACACACUGUUCAGGAGAUAAUUGUACGCACCAGCGGUAUGGUUAGGACUUUUGUAACAGGUUUUAUUAUGGGUUACACAACUAUGUAAACUUCCCGGAUGACUGGAGGGUAGCAAGUAUGAAAAUGACGCUCGUUCGUAUGCUGCAGGGCAACUUUGUGUUCUCCAAGGUGAGAUGAUGAGCGAUAAAAGCAAAGCCAUUAAUUCUCUCUUAGAUACGGGAACAGGAAAGAGUUAGUUUAUGUGGAAGGUUUUGGAGGAAACAGGGUAUAAAUUUCUGUGCCGAGGUGGUUGUGUCAUGUGGGAUUCCCAGAGAUCAGCUCCCUUGGUUACAAUACUAACUUCUGGUAUCCAACCCUUUAAAAUAAUUGUCAAUCUAGGUCCUCCUUUUGCUUUUUACCUUAGUAGGAGCAGGAGCUCAACACAAGAGCCAGCAGUUAGGAAGGGGAGACUGGUUUAUUAGCUCACCACUUUCUAGUUCUUUGGAAAUUACCUGUGAGAGUCCACACCUGAAAAGGAUUGGUAAAACUGUAUUAAGUAAAUGGUACUUACUUCUUUCACUAAGAAAGAGACCAUAAACCCAGUUUCAAGAGUUGUAUCCAUGUGUCUUACUUCAGAGGACAGGCCUUUUAGUUGAAGGGCUUGUUGAUCCAAGUCCAUUUUAAAGAUAAGGAAUCAUAAGGGAUUGCAGGGGCCUUGAAUUGCCCAUCAGUAUUUAACCACCUGCAGAGAAAGCCCAUGGGAAUCCUGGCCAGUGUUCCCCACUGUAGUGAGAUGCAUUGUACUACUAUUUAAAUUAUGAGUAAUUACGUCUAAAUUUUCAUCUGUACACACCCUAUGCAUUUUUGCAUAACCUUUAUCCUCCCUUUUUGGUGAGGUGUAAAUGGUCACCCUAACUCACUUUGUUCCAUUCUUUGUUUAAGAAUGGACUUUAACAAAAUUGAUUGAAGAACAUCCAUUUAUGGCUGCUUACAAUGAAUGGUGCAUCUAGUGUUUCAGAAUGGGGUGGGAACUGUUGCAAUGUACGAAGAGACACUUGCAAUGCUGAACUCAGAAGAAUCCAGAGUUCCCCUGCUCCAGAUCAAGCCCAUUGUAAAUCAGAAACCCAGUAUUGGUACAGUCUCUGCUUUAGAAUGGGCUUCCUGCCAGCUCACUCUUCCUGGUACCUCCCUUCCUUCUGCAAGCAAUUUUAUCAUUGGAAAGAAUUUGGGAGCGGGGAGAGGUGGCUAACAGUGGAGGGCAUUGUAGGUCCCAACCGUCAGCAUGCUUAGAAAGUAUUAUCCCUCUUCAUUCCUGAGCAUGCUGAGGAACAGCUAUGCUUUCAAGCGUUUUUCUAGUCCUUCAUGUUUGCCAGUCACUGGUGCCCUUCCCUGCCACACUCUGCAGAGGCAAAUUUGGGAAGGGGAGGGAGCGACAGGAGAGGCUAGUAGGAAGCUUCCAAAGGUAAGCCCAUUUUGUAGACUUAGAGAACAAUCAGUUAGCAUGUGCUAGUUUGGCUCCUUUGGGGACACCAACCUAAUUUUGUGACACACGAGAAGGUGUUUGCUCAUUUCCUGCUAACAAAUAUCUUCCUACACUCUGCAAUGGAGGCAAAGCACUAACCUCCUCCAACCAGAACAUGAUGUUUAUUGCCACAGGCCAUAUUUUAGAUGGUUUCAAAACAGUGUGCAUGAAAUGCAAAGGACGUUUUUAGCUGGUUGUUCAGGUUACAGUUUCGACUAAGGCUGCUUUGAAAAUAACUCAUGGUCUGCAAUAAGUUUGUUUCUCUUCAUAGGUCCAGUAUUUUUUCAACAUCUUGGACAACUAACUAGAGACGGCAGAAUUAUGGGGCAUACAAAAAACAAGCCACAGGAUGGAAGAUGUGUGUUUAUUCAUUUAUUGACCAAUGUUUUAACCUGACUGAAAUACAAGAUCAACAAGAGCACUGUAUUUUCCUGGCUAUUACAUAUGUUAGAACAUAGAGGUUUGCACUUUAGACAACAUUUAACACCAGUUGAUGGGGGUUAACUGCAUUGCUUUUCAUAAAGUUCAAAAUAAAGAUUUAUUUUCAAACAUGUGGCUUUGGUUUAUUUUUAUACAUUACACUUUUUUUCUUGCAGAAAAAAAAUAAAAUUGUACAACUGCAUAAAUAUAAAAUUCUUCCACCA